UUCAGAAAUUUUCUGGUUUAUUAAGCCCCCAAAAAGCCAUUUAUGAAUCCAAAUUAAAGGCAUAAAUACCUUAAAAAUAAUAGAAAACCCUUUCAAAUAGCAUAAAUCCCUUCAUUUUCUGACCGUGUAUAUAUACCUAUAUAUAUAGAAACAAUAAUAAACAAGGCACUAGCACUAGAGAGACAGAGAGAGCGCGAGUAUGAAGUCAUAGUCGAGAAUUGUCCGUUUCGAAAAUCAACCGAUUCGCAGAGGUUCUCAGACGAUCGCCGGCGUUGAUAGCGUUCGCAACGAUCCGAAAUCGAAACGAAGCAAAUCCUCCAUAUAGCUCUCUGGCUAUAGAUAUAGCGACUAUAACUAUAACUAACCCAAUAAAUUAAGCCGAACGCGAGUGACUCGAUUGUAAAGUCUAAAAGUCAUCUUCUUCCCCCGAGCAGAGUUCAAAAUGCACAACACGCGAAAUAACCCGGCAUAGGUAACAUCAACGAGAGAAAACAAAACGACAGAGAUUAUAAAAGACGCCCCCGCGAAACACACAAAACUACACGUAGCCGCUAAGCCGACAACCAAACCAACCACUCAGCACUCCUCAGCAAUCCUCAAAAGAGUCCAAGUCAGAGUCAGAGAGUUGAGAAGGAAAGAAGAAAAGUAAAACGAACCAUGGAACGCCGCCAAGCCCUAGACUCAUCGAUGUCUUCGCUGUACUCGGCCGCUUCCUCCUCGAACCCCCAUCCGCAUCCCCGCCAGCUCCAGUCACAGCAAUCGCAGCAGUCACAGCAGUCCCAGCUAGACGCCUUCAAUUAUUCAGCAACAAUGUCAUCAUCGUCGCCGACUCCAAGCCAGGCCAUGUCCACGGGCAUGUCCACGAGCCACCACGCCACCUCUAGCAGCACCACAGGUUCCCUCAGAGCCACCACCAUCGGCACUGUUGUCGUCCGCUGCGGACCCGUACAGCUGGUGAUAGCGCUCCUACAAAGUCCCGAAAAGAUCUACAUAAAGGUGGUAGAACUGGAGCCAAAGAUCACAGCCUUGGGCGAUAAUCUAGACGAAUCGUUGCGUAUGCAAAGGGAGCACGAUGAGACUCUCCGAAACCUACAGAGCCUGCCUGGACCCAUGGAUGAGUUCGUGCAGAAGGCAGACAAACUGCUGGCCAGCAAGCGAAUCAGUUCGGAGCUCGUCAAUGCCAUGGCCGAUACCCUAAACAUCAUCUGGCAGGACAUUCUAAAUCUCCUGCAGGACCGUCAACACAUUCUUAUACUUUGCACACAGUUCCAUGACAAGAUGACGCAGUGCUUCCGAAAGAUGGAUCAGCUAGAAUUGGCCUGCGAGGAAAUCCUGCAGCCCCUAGAUGUCCCCCGUAUCCAAGAGUUCCUCAACAGAUUCAAGCAACUGAGAAUUGACAUGCUCACCGGCGUGAUGGCCGCUCUAAAGGAUGGCAACGAACUGCUGGCCCAGUUGGAGGAACUGGAGAAGCUGGAGACACUUGAUACGAGACCGGAGCACAUAAAGCGCGAUGCCACGAGGGCUGUGCACCAGGUUCAACAGUGGCUGGAGGCCCUGCACGAUCGAAGAAACGAUCUGGAACUCGCCUGGCAGACGAGAAAGACCCAAAUGGAGCAGUGCCUAGCCUUGGCCCUACUGGGACGGGAAUUGGUGGAUCUAGAGGCGGCUCUGCAAAAGGCUCGCAUCGAACUAAACACCAUGUACAGCCUGGGAGAGUGCGAGCACACGGCCAAUGAAAUGCUCGCCAAAUACAGGGAUUGGAAGCAACAGGCUCUGUUGCUCCGAGAUCGAGCUCUUAAGAUAACCAGAGCCAAGGAGAAGGUCCAGUCCGCUGGUCAUUUCACCUCCGAUGAGGCCUGUGCUCGGGCCUAUGCCGUCCUUAGUGGCUGCACCGAGCACUUGGAUCUGGUGGAUCAACGGGAACACUGGCUGCACCAAUCCCGAGAGUUCUUUGCCAAGGCCGAGCACACUCUGAGUGUCCUUGAGAAACUCGAACUGGAGCUGGCCAGUGUGAAACUGCCGCCCAAUUCCCCCGAGAGCUAUGCCAUGUUCUCCAAAGUGGAGCGUGAUGUUCGAAACUUCACCGAGGAGCCAAUCCGCAUCGGUUAUGGCAUCCUGGACGAGGUGGGACGCACGCAGCCGGAGACGCAUGGCGUAAAGAGGGUGCUCGAUGAGCUGGAAAACCGCAAAGCCUAUAUCGAGGGUAUCUGCGCCCACAGCAGCGAGGAUCAGCAGAAGGUGCAGAGGGCCUUGAGUGAGUUCCUGACUCAACACAACGAGCUCUUGGCCUGGCUAAGGGCCUCGGGUCAGAUGCAUCUUCAGCAGAACGUGGAUAUGGGAAGGAAUCUCCACCAAGCCAAGCAGUUUCUCCUGCAGCACCAUGAACUCAUGCAGGAUCUAGAGAUCAAGGGAGAGCUAAUCAACAUGCUACUGGAGUCCAUCAAGAUCCAUCUGGAGUCUCUAAGUCCCCAGCAGCGCUACGAUGUGGACUCCAAGGCAGAGUCACUGCACAAACACUGGAUCGAGCUAAAGGAUUUGGUGCUGAAGCGUGUGGACUGUGUCUCCCUGCUGAUUGAUUUCUUCGAGCUGGCCAACGAGCUCUCCAGCCAGCUGGAUAACCUAGAGCGGCAGCUGCAGCAAACACCAUCCGAUGAGCACAAGCUGCAGUUCCUCCAGGCCACCUGGACGGGAAUUGCAGCCACCUACAGCGAGCUCAAGUCACGCGGUCAGAGAUUCAUCAACUUAAAAAUUGUGGAUCCAUAUCUCGAGACCAAAUCCUCGGCACAGGCGGUGCAAGAGACGCUGAACGGCUUCAGUAAGCGGCAGGUCGACGUGACGAGCAGUUUGGAGAAUUGGACGACCAGCAUCGAGGAGAAGCGCCAAGUGGAAUACCUACUCGAGAAAGUCAUGAGCGACAACGAGGAGACUGUGGCCAAGAGCACACAGGUGGACACCCAGUUGUAUCCCGUCUUCACCUCGACCAGCGUGGAUGCCAAACAGCUGCUGGUCAGCACCCGCGAGAAGCUCACCCACGUCAGCCAGGACAUUGAGAGGGCUCAGGAUGAGAUCCAGCAGCGCAUCCAGACCACACUCAGCAUCCAAACAAAGGACCAGCCCUCGCUGGCCAAGAUCGAGCAGGUGAUCAACAACCUGCGCAUGCUGAAGGCCAAGUUGGAUGGCAUCAAGUAUGACUAUCGCACGCUGGUGGAGAGCAUCCUUCAGUUUCUGGAGAACACGGUGCAGCUGCGUCGCGAAAUCGACGAGUACUUCGCUCGUCAGCAGCAGCAGCAGCCAUCUUCUGGCGCUGAUCGGAGUAUUGCAGAGCACGAGAAAUUCCGCGAUCAGUGCAUGGAUAAAUUUAGAUCGUUAAUCACACAAUCCGAGCUGCUGAUCGAUCGGGUGCGCGUACUGGAACCGCCGGGAGCCCGCGAAAUCGACACCGAUCGCAUACUGAAGUUGCUCGAGAAUCUGCGACUGCACUUCGAGUCGAACAGCAGUGCCAGGAUGUCGACGCUGGAGCGGCAGGAGAAGAUUGAGCAGUUCCGCGGCGAUCUCGAGGACAUCGAUCGUAGUCUGGACAGUGUUAGCCAGCAGCUGCACGAGAUCAACAACCAGAGUGUGGAUAGUUUAGCGGCGGCCAAGACCACGUCGCUGGCGUUUGAAUAUUUUGAACGGACCAUAGAGCUGCUCGAGAAGCGGAUCGAGAAGUUUACGGAGUCCACGAGCCAACAACUUUUGAUUAGCAAUCCCGAGAGCGAGCGUUAUGUCAAGGACGAACUGCGCAAGCUCAACGACAAGUGGCAGAGCUUCAAGGAUCAGGUGAAGCAGAAACGAAAGAGCCUUAACCAGGCAACCGAGUUCUUCGAGGUGGUCGAAAAGAUCGACGCGGAGUACCGUGAAAUUAGCUACUUUUACAGUAGCGUCUCCAACAAGGUUCCCUAUCUGCGUGACCCCAUCGAGGCCGCCAAUCUGGUCAACGAUAUCGAAAAGUAUGUGACCAGUCGGGAGGCUGCCCUCCGCGCCAAGCUGGACAGUGCCUCGCAGUGUGCCCACGAUAUGAGCAAGGUCUCGACCCUGUACAACGAUGUGAUGAACAUCUUCCAGUCGUUCAUCAAGCUCAAGAUGGACAUCAAUGUGGUGGCGGAGAGACUAAAGCAGGAGCAGCGCCAAAAAGAGCAACGAGAGCGAGAUGCCCGCGACCAGGCCGAAAGGGAGAAGGCACAGAGGGAGGCGGAGGCCAAGGAGCGACUCUUCCGGGAGGAGCAAUCCCGCCUGGAAAGUCAACGUCAGCAAGCGGCGAUUGAGCAGGCACAGAGGGAGCUGGCCGCCAGGGAAUUGGCUCUCCGAGAGCAGGCUGUUCGGGAAGAGGAGGCCAAACUGAAGGCUAUCCGGGAACAGGCUUCCCGCGAGCAAUUGGCCAGAGAGCAGGCGGCCAGGGAGGAAGAGUUGCGAAUUCAAACUCUCCGGGAAAUAGCCAAGCGAGAGGAGGAGGUGCGUCUACAGAGCAAAAGGGAGGAGGAGACCCGUAUCCGCAGAGAGGAAGAGGAUAGAAUCCGGCGGGACAACGAAGCUCGCUCGAAGCGCGAAGAGGAGGCACGCAUCCAACGCGAGGAGAUCACCAGGCUGCAAACCCUUCGCGAUCAGGUGGACCAGCAGCGCAUAGUGACCGAAAACAUACGGAAGGACAUCCAGGUGAACUCCAUUUUCACGGAGCUGCGCUACGCCUCGCCGCUCUUCAUUCGUCCCCUGAAGGAUGCCGUGACCCGUGAGGGUGAUCGCUUCACCUUCGAGUGCGAGGUAACGGGCACUCCAGAACCCACAGUGGAGUGGUUCAAGGAUGGCAUCAGUAUCCAAAACAACUCGGACUACAAGACCACCUUUGACAAGGGCAUCUGCCGGUUAGUGAUCGAGGAAACCUUUACGGCCGACUCGGCGCGUUUCAGUUGUCGUGCCUCGAAUUUGGUGGGCACAUGCGAUACCAAUGCCACCUUAUCCGUGCGGGAAAAUGCCGCUGAGGUGCAGUUGGUGCCGCCCAGGAUCUUAAGAUUCCUUGAGAGCGGCAAGGCCACCGAGGGUAGUUCCUUCCAGUUUGCCUGUGUGGUGGCUGGAGUUCCACUGCCCACGGUUCAGUGGUUCAAGAAUGACAAGUGCAUCGAUGACUCACCGGAUUAUGUGAUUAGCUAUAAUAAUGGUGAGGCUACGCUGAGAUUUGAGGAGGUAUUCCUGGAGGACGAUGCUGUGUACACUUGCAGUGCCUCAAAUCCAGCGGGUAUCGAGCAUUGUUCAGCUUCUUUGAUUGUGGAACCUUUGGAGCCCACAGAGUUACCCAGUUUCAAGGUGCCCCUGUCUAAUGCCAUGGCCCGUGUGGGCCAGAAGAUCAAGCUGGAGGCCAUAGUGAGUGGCAUUCCCAGGCCAGAAAUCUAUUGGCUGCACAACGGAAAACCCUUCCAGCCGCGCGAUUCCAAGUAUGAAUACGGCCGCGUAACGCUGCUAAUCCCGCAGGCUUAUCCCAACGACGCCGGAUCCUACGUCCUGAGCGCCAAGAACUUAGCUGGCGAGGCUUACACCAGUUGCAACGUGAUAGUGAAGGGUCGCCUGCCCAACGAAACCUCCGAUUCCGAGAUGGCCAGCGAUAUUGAGCCCAUUAAGCCGGCAGUACAUCUGCCCCUCAAGGAUGUCUCCAUUUUCGAGGGCAAACCUGUGCGGCUGGACUGCGUCAUUGUGGGUCAGCCGGAGCCGGAGGUUAUCUGGUAUCACAACGAGCGUCCCGUCAAGGAAUCCGCCGAUGUUCAGCUACUGUUCCAGGGCGAUCGCUGUUCGCUAAUUAUCCAAGAGGUCUACCAGGAGGAUGCUGGUCAUUACAAGGUGGUGGCCAUCAAUUCAGCGGGCGAAACUUCUAGCAGUUGUGAGCUUAAGGUGACUCCUCUGAAUCAGGCGGAACCCGCGACGAGGGCUCAGGCGGAGCGACAAUCCAUGCCUAAGGAUACGCAGCCCAAGUUCGAGCGACUUCUUUCCGAUGUCCUGGCCGAUGAAGGAGAGCAGGUGAUUUUGGAGGUUCAGGCCAGUGGAGAUCAACCGCUGACGGCUCAGUGGUUCCUCACCAACAAGGAUGUCCAACUGAGCGACAGGGUAACCACCAAAGCGGACUCCGAAUCGGGCAUCUUCAAGCUCAUCCUGAACAAUGUGAGUGCCGAUGACAAGGGUGUGUAUACCGUGAAAGUGUCCAAUCGCGCGGGCGAUGCCAAGUGCUUCUCGCAUCUCAUUGUAAAGUCCGUGAAUGCUCCCGAAAAUCGCCGCAGCAGCCAGUCAUCCGUGGAGAUUGUGGAUCGCCAUCAGUGCCCCGAAUUCAGGGAGCUCUUCAGCGACAAACAGGGUCAAAUCGAUGAUGUGAUCAAGUUCGAGUGCAUUGUCAAGGGCAAGCCCACGCCGAAAGUUCACUGGUUCUUCAACGAUCAGCCCGUGCAUGGUCACAACUUCCUGGUGUCCACCAGCGGCGAUCGCCAGGUCUUGACCAUUCAGAAGCUGACCCACGAUGCCGUCGGCAAAAUCAGCUGUGUGGCCGAAAAUGAGGCGGGCAAGGCCACCUGUGUGGCCUUUUUGAACAUUAUUGGCAGCGGUCUGCCCGCCUCUAGUGAUGUCCAAACCAUGACCCAGGAACACAACACCGAAUCAUCGCGAGUGACGAUCAAGAAGCAAACCUUUACCACAACCUCCACCUCGCAGGUGAACUCCUAUGAGGGUAACGCUCCACAAACCGAGGUUCAUCACUCCUCUGCCCACAUCGAUCAGUCGCUGAAGCAAUUGGGCCAGCAGAGGCCCGAGAUUGUGGAGAGCCAUCACUACCAGGAGCUGCACAAGAGCAAGGAGAUGAGCAGUCCCAGUGUGCAGCAAAAAUCCUUCACCCUAAUACAAUCAAGUGCUCCCAAUGGUCAGUCCGCCGUUGCCAUUCCGGAUUCUCCAACUCGCCUGAGGAGAGAGAUUGCCCCUAGGUUCACCACUCCUCUCAGCGGUAAGAUCGUGGAUCAAGGCAGCGAUGUCAGCAUGGAGGCCAUUUAUGAUGGCUUCCCCUCGCCCGAGAUCAAGGUGGAGAAGAAUGGUGGUCAGCUGUUUGACGACGCCCAUACCAAGAUCUCCAACAAGUGCAAUCGCGUCACCAUCGAACUGAAGCAGGUGAACGUGGCGGAUGCGGGACGAUAUGCAGUGACAGCCUCCAAUGCAGUGGGACAGUCUACCAGCACUGCGGAUUUGGUUGUUAAGAAGACCAUUUUUCCGCCUGUGUUUGGAAGACGCCUGCAGGCCCAAGUCAGCAAGAAGGGCGAGAAGCUGGUCAUGGAGGUGGAGGUAACAGGACUACCCGAUCCCACUGUGACUUGGCUGAAGGACGACAAGCCUCUAAAGGAUGCCGGCAUCUCACAGCAUCGCCUGCUUGCCCAGGGCAACUCCUACAGACUUAUCAUCGAGAAAGCACAAACUUCAGACUCUGGCAAGUACAUGGUCCGCGCUACGAAUGCUGGUGGUGAGGCCAAAAGCAUUGCCGACUGUGCCAUCCUGGAGCCCUCGCCGGAACGCAUGCAGGAGGUGGUAAAGACCAUUGUCUAUGAGACGGGUCCCGUCCAGAUACCUUCUAGCGAUUUCAAAACCGAAGACUACUACACCUCUUCUAGUUUGACCAGCAAUUACUCACAUAACAUGCAGAGCAGCUCUUCCCAUCAUGAGACCAAGUUCUCUUCAACGACGGCUGGAGUAGCACCGCCACCAGUGGUUACCUAUCCCAGUCCCAUUCCCGCCCAGCGGAAGACACCGGCAGCAGAGUUCAGUGACUAUAGCAGCGAGAUUGAUGAACGCUUCCGUUCGGUGUCGCGUGCCAAUGAAUCGGAUGCGGAGAUCAAGGGCUAUCGUGUGGUAUUCCCUCCCACACCCACUCCGCGUACAAAUAUUGCCGCCAAUGGCCACAAAUCCCCUGUGGUGGUAGUUACCCCCUCACCCAUGGAAUUCGAGCCAACGCCACCCGAGGUGGGCAGCAGCUAUGCCAGGCCCAAGUUUGAGCCAAUUGGCAAGGAGAUACGCCAUGAGAUCAAGAGGGAGAGCAGCAGCUCCAAACAGCAGCAGUCAAAGUUUACGCAAAACCAGCAGCAAAGUCAGCCGGUUUAUAAGCCCAAACCUGUGGCGGCCAAGUUUAUAGCUGCCACUCAGCAGCAGCAGCAUCAGCCACAGGCCAAUGCCCGUCCGACCAUGUACUACAAUGCUGUUGCUGGAGCUCCGAUGCACCUGGCCAAGGUGGCCACGGAGACCAAGAACGUGAUGCAGAUGCACGAGUCUACGGAGAGUUCGCAGCGAGUGGUGAAUAUGCAGCAGACCAAGCGGGUUAUUCACUUUGAUGGACCGCAGGAGCAGAGGGAUCAGCAGAUCGUGCUGGAGCCCUUCCCCUACAGUCCGGCCACGAGUCGUACACCCUCCAGGCAAUCCCAUCUCCCACCGCCGGCCACGCCCACCAAAUUCGUGCCUGGAGAGUUCCGGGAGAGUGACUAUGAGAGCGAAGUGGAGGGAGCACGCAUCCAACCCUUGUGGUCACCGUAUGGCGAUGGUUUGACCAAGGGCUAUCGACGUGUGGCACCACCCCAGGGAGCAGGAAGAUCUUGCAGCUUGCCGCGAACUUAUGAAAGGGUUUUGUCGCCCAUGGAAUUCGAUCGGGGCCCCGAGAUGCCCAGUAAGAUCCAUGUGGACAUAAACACACUGCGGAAAGAGCAGCGCGGUGGCAGUACCGUGACCACCCAGCAUCGCACUCAGUCCUUAAAUAGGAACUCCACCAUGAGGCAGCAGCAACAGCAACAGCAGUCCAUGGAUCAGAUAGACAGGGCCGGAACUCUGCCCCGAUAUGGUUACAACUCGCUGCAGCAGCAGGCAGAGAAUCAGGGAAGGCGAAUGGGUUCCACCUUUCUCCAAAAGUCCCAUCAAUUUGUGGAGGAUGUGAGCAGGGAUGUGAGGAGCAGCAAUGCCUCGAAUGGCAUUCGACCGGGUUUCAAGAGGGCGCCCAGCGAAGGCAGCAACCAGCAGCCUCAAGCCUUCCGGGAUGAGUCGCGGGUCUCUCAAUACGAUCAAGGCACUCAAACGGAUUGUUUGCUAAUAACCGAAGAGGAACCAACGCCAACCGAGGCCCGGACAAAUGAACACCACCUCCUGGAUAAUGGCGUCAAUAAAACGCCUUUGCGUAAAUCAGCCUCAUUCUCCUCCUCGUCGACCAGUUCGCCGGCCAGUUCCUCAUUGGGAUCGGCCACAUCGACCAUGUCGCUGCGCUCCUCAACGCCCCUAAGGAGCAAUCAUUCCCAUUCGAGUCGCGCUCUCCGAAGUGACACGAUCAACACGUUCCAGAAGUGGGAGACCACUAUUGAAUCCAUCAGCUACGUGAGCACCAAAACCGUUUCCAUCUCCGAUUUCAACCAGGAGCCGCAGCUACGCGAGCAAACAGUGCAACAACUCCAUGGUGGCAACAUCGGAGGCGCCUAUGUGCCCCCGGCGCUGACACAUGUGUACGCUCAGGGCGACAUAUCGCCACCUGUGUUCGAGCAGAUCUUCAAGAACGCUCGCUUUGCCCAGGGCGGCAAUGCUUUGUUCGAGGGACGCCUGCGUGGCAACCCAAAGCCAUUCGUGACCUGGACCCGGAAAGGCGCACCCCUUCUCGAGUCGCAGAAGUUCCGGAUGAGCUACAACGAGGCCACCGGCGACGUGUCCCUGCUGAUCAACCAGAUCGGACCCGGGGACGAGGGCGAGUACACGUGCACGGCGCGCAACCAGUACGGCGAGGCCAUCUGCAGCGUCUACAUCCAGCCGGAGGGCGCCCCAAUGCCCGCCCUGCAGCCCAUCCAGAAUCUGGAGAAGAACAUCUACUCGAACGGGUAUUCGUACACGUCCAUCGAGGAGGAGUUCCGUGUGGACACCUUCGAGUACCGGCUGCUGCGUGAGGUUUCCUUCCGUGAGGCCAUUACCCGUCGAUCCGGAUAUGAGCAGGACUCCCAGCUCUCGCAGGAGCUGGACCGUAACCAGGGUCCGGCGCAGGCACCGCAGAUCUCGCAGAAGCCGCGCAGCUCUAAGCUGAUCGAAGGCUCCGACGCCGUCUUUACGGCUCGCGUCGGUUCCAACCCGAAGCCCCGGCUCACCUGGUUCCACAAUGGUCAGCGCCUGGUGGCCUCGCAGAAGUACGAGAUCUCUUACUCCAGCGGAGUGGCCACUCUGCGCGUGAAGAACGCCACGGCUCGCGACGGCGGUCAUUACACCCUGCUCGCCGAGAAUUUGCAGGGCUGUGUGGUUUCAUCCGCCGUGUUGGCCGUGGAACCAGCCGCAGAGUCUGCCUACGAGCCCAAGCCCGUGGACAUGAUGGCCGAGCAAUUGGAGGCGGGCAAGGCGUUGCCUCCCGCCUUCGUGAAAGCCUUUGGAGACCGCGAGGUGACCGAGGGUCGCAUGACCAGGUUCGAUUGCCGUGUGACUGGCAAUCCCUACCCCGAAGUCUUCUGGCUGAUCAACGGACGCCAGGUUCGUGACGAUGCCUCCCAUAAGAUUCUGGUCAACGAGUCCGGCAGCCAUUCGCUGAUGAUCACCAACGUGACUCGUCUGGAUGCUGGCGCUGUCCAAUGUCUGGCCCGCAACAAGGCCGGCGAAGUGGCCAUCGAGGCGCAUUUGAAUGUGCUGGAGAAGGAGCAGGUUGUCGCACCACAAUUUGUUCAACGCUUCAGCACCAUGACUGUGCGCGAGGGUGAGCCCAUCACGAUGAGUGCCAACGCUAUCGGCACACCUCAGCCACGCAUCACCUGGCAGAAAGACGGCGUCCAGAUCUCGUCUACCGCCGAGCGCUUCGUGGGCAUCGACGGCGGCGCCACCUGCCUGGAGAUUCCGCGCGUCAAGGCCACCGACGCGGGUUGGUAUCAGUGCACCGCCCAGAACAUUGCCGGAUCGACGGCCAAUAGGGCCCGACUUUAUGUCGAGGUUCCCAGGGAGGAGCCAAGCUACGAGCAGCGGCGUCUCAAUCUCCCGAGACCAACGAAAGUCAUCGAGCCAGAACCAAUUCCUGGCCCUGAAAUCAUCUAUCUGCGUCAUGUAGAGCGCGCCAAGCCCCAUCUCCGUCCAGGAGAGGAGGAUCGCGUCUAUCCGCCCCCGCAGUUCAUCAUCCCGCUGCAGAAUGUGCAGCAGACCGAGGGUGGACGCGUCCACAUGGAGGCACGCAUUGAGCCCGUCGGCGACCCCACCAUGGUCGUCGAGUGGUUCCUUAACGGACGCCCGCUGGCAGCCAGUGCCCGCGCCACGUCCGUCUUCAAGUUCGGCUUCAUCGCCCUGGAUCUGCUGAGCAUCAUGGGCCACGAUUCCGGCGAGUACAUGUGCCGCGUAAGCAACGCCAGCGGAGUGGCCGAGUCUCGUGCCAUUCUUUCCGUGGUCCAGCGCCCCUCCAUCGAGCAGGCAUCGCAGAAUCCUAAUAGCCUGCAGUACAUUAACCAGGUGGAAGACUACUCGCGCUACCAGCGCCAGGAGAGCUCCGAGGAGCAGAUCAACCAGGCGCCGCAGUUCAUUCGCCCGCUCCGCGAUCUCGGGGAGUUCGAGGAGGGCAAGAACGUGCACUUUGAGGCACAGGUUACACCCGUUAAUGAUCCCUCUAUGCGCGUGGAGUGGUACAAGGAUGGACUACCCAUAACGGCCAGUUCCCGCAUCACCGCCAUCUUUAACUUUGGCUACGUCUCCCUUAACAUCCUGCACCUAAGGGCCGAGGAUGCUGGUACUUAUACCGUGCGGGCGGUAAACCGCAUUGGCGAGGCCAUCAGCCAAUCGUCGAUCCGUGUUCACUCGCGUUCCCAGGUCACUGCUGACCUGGGUAUUCCCGAGCAGCAGCGGUAUAUUGAGAAGGUGGAGGAGCUGGAGGACUACCGUAAGUCCCAGCAGCGUCGUCAUGUCCAGGAGGCGCCCGAGGCCAUUGCUCCGCCUCAGUUCAAGACACCGAUCCAGAACCAAUUGGACCUGCGAGAGCACGCGCAUGCGCACUUCGAGGCGCGUCUCGAACCCAUCGGUGAUUCCACCAUGCGCGUCGAGUGGCUGAAGGACGGACAGCCCCUGGAGGCCAGCUCCAGGAUCACCACGUACCACAACUUUGGCUAUGUGGCGCUGACAAUCAAGCAGCUGACCAUCUACGAUGCCGGCACCUACACUUGCCGUGCCUACAAUGCCAUGGGACAAGACACCACCGUGGCCCAGCUGACGGUGAUCUCCAAGAACGAGAUUGUGUCCGAGUCGCAGCACCCAGGUGGUCUCCAGAAGAUCCAACAUCUGGAAGACUCAUCCCGCUACGGACGUCGCGAGGAGGAGGAGACCUAUGUCACUCAGGCUCCACGCUUCCUGGGUCCCCUGAAGGGCACCACCAAGAUCCUCGAGGGUCAGCGUGCUCACUUCGAGGCCCGCGUGGAGCCCCAGAGCGAUCUGGGCCUGCAGAUCGAGUGGUACCACAACGGUCGCUCCAUCACCGCCGCCAAUCGCAUCCAGACCUACUACGACUUUGGCUACGUCGCCCUCGAUAUUUCGCAGGUGCGCGCCGAGGAUGCUGGCGUCUACCUUGUAGUGGCCAGGAACAAGCUAGGUGAAGCUCAGCAGCAAGCAACGAUGAUAGUGGAAACUCGUUCCAGUAUCGACACAUCUAGCAUGCACCGCGGUCUGUACGAGAAGACCCAGAACCUGGAGAAUAAGCAGUUCGUUGAGCCGCAAUAUGACAUUGAGGAGAUCUCCAAGUCCAAGCCGGUAUUUGUCCAGCCUCUGACCGAUCCAAAGCCCAUCCAUGAUGGCAAGAACAUCCAUCUGGAGUGCCGCCUGGAGCCAAUGGGUGAUCCUACCAUGCGCGUCGAGUGGUUCCAUAACGGUCGCCCCGUCACUGUGGGCUCCCGUUUCCGCACCUACUACGACUUCGGUUUUGUGGCUCUGGACAUCAUCAAGGCCACGGCCGCCGAUUCCGGCGAGUACACGGUGAGGGCCACCAACCACCUGGGCUCUGCCCACACCUCGGCCUGUGUGCGUGUGAUUGACCACACGGAUGUGGUCACCGAGACCCAGAACGAGCAAUCGCUGGAGCAGAUCCAGCUGCUAGAGGAUUCGCGUCGUCGUCAUCAUCAGGAGGAGGAUAUCACCGUUAUGCAGGCACCCCAGUUCACCAGGGCUCUGCACAACAUUGAGACGGUUGAGGGCACCAAUGUUCACCUGGAGUGCCGCCUACAGCCCGUGGGUGAUCCCAGCAUGCGCAUCGAGUGGUUCGUUAACGGCAAACCAGUGAAGACAGGUCAUCGUUUCCGUCCCGCCUAUGAGUUCGAUUAUGUGGCCCUGGAUCUGCUUGGCUGCUAUGCCAUCGACUCGGGUGUCUACACCUGCCAGGCCAGGAACCAGCUGGGCGAGGCUGUCACCUCGUGUUCCGUACGCAUUAUUGCCAAGAACGAUCUGAUCCUGGAGACGCAAAACGAGUCUGGAUUGCAGAAGAUUCAGUAUCUGGAGGACUCUUCGCGCUAUCGCCGCAACGAGUUCGUUGACGAGGUGGUCAACAUUCGUCCGCGUUUCCUCACCCACCCCAAGAGCCUGACCAACACCCGCGAGGGUGGUCACGCCCACUUUGAGUGCAAGAUUGAGCCCGUGACGGAUCCCAAUCUGAAGGUGGAGUGGUUCAAGAACGGUCGCCCCAUCACUGUGGGCCAUCGCUUCCGUCCUAUCCAUGACUUUGGCUAUGUGGCCCUGGACAUUGUCCAGCUGAUUGCCGAGGAUUCUGGUGUCUACACCUGCAGGGCUGUCAACCUGAUCGGUUCCGAUGAAACCCAGGUGGAGCUGCAGUGCCGCAGCGGUGAGCAGAUUGUCACCGUCACCCAGAACGAGGCUGGCUUGGAGCAGAUCCACUACCUGGAGGAUCGAUCGCGCUACAGCCGCCGCGAGGAGAUCGACGAGAGCACCAAGCAGGCUCCAGUGUUCACCACUUCCCUGAAGAACAUUGAGAUCAAGGAGAACCAGAGGGCUCAUUUCGAGUGCCGCCUGAUUCCCGUCUCCGAUCCUUCGAUGCGCGUGGAGUGGUACCACAAUAAUCUGCCUCUGAAGUCUGGUUCCCGUUUCACCGAGACCAACAACUUUGGCUUUGUGGCUUUGGACAUUAUGUCCACGUUGCCGGAAGAUGCCGGCACCUACACCUGCCGUGCCUUCAAUGCCGUCGGUGAAGCCAUCACCUCUGCCGUGGCCGUUGUGCACACCAAGAAAUCCAUCUACCUGGAGUCGCAGCAUGAGACCGCUCUGCCACGCCUACAGCACCUGGAGGAUGGCUCCAAGCGCCAGCGCAUCAGCGUCCAGGAUGAGUUUGUGUCCCAGGCUCCCGUCUUCACCAUGCCGGUGAGAGAUGUCCGUGUGGCCGAGAACCAGGCCGUGCACUUUGAGGCUCGCCUGAUCCCGGUGGGAGAUCCGAACCUGAAGGUGGAGUGGCUGCGCAACGGCCAGCCCAUCGAGGCCUCUAACCGCACCACCACCAUGCAUGACUUUGGCUACGUCGCCCUCAACAUGAAGUAUGUGAACCCGGAGGACUCUGGCACUUACACCUGCCGUGCUGUCAACGAGCUGGGCCAGGCGGUCACCUCCGCUUCACUGAUUGUGCAAUCAAAGACUGCCAUUCAGCUGGAGACCCAGCACGAGGCAGCCAUGCACAAGAUUCACCAGUUGGAGGAUCAUAGCAAGUACCAGCGCAGGGAGGAGGAGGAAUACACGGUUACCACCGCACCCGUGUUUGUUACCAAGUUGAUUGGACCCACCAAUCUGGUGGAGGGCCAGAGCGCUCACUACGAGUGCCGCAUUGAACCCUACCCAGAUCCCAACCUCAAGGUGGAGUGGUUCCACAACGGCAAGCCCCUGAGCACUGGUCAUCGCUUCCGUACCACCUAUGACUUUGGAUUCGCCGCCUUGGACAUCCUGACUGUCUAUGCGGAGGACAGCGGCGAGUACACUUGCCGCGUGACCAACAACCUGGGCCAGGCCGUCAACUCGAUUGUCCUGAAUGUAACCUCCCGCUCGGGCAUUAUCCAUGAGACCCAGCACGAGGAGGCUCUGACCAAGAUCCAGCAUUUGGAGGAUGCUUCGCGCUUCCAGAGGAAGACCGACGAGGAGCAGUUCCAUGCCGAGCGUCCCCAGUUCGGACGCCCGCUGCGUAAUGCCAAGGUCAACGAGGGAACUCCCGUCCAUCUGGAGGCCACGUUGAUCCCAGUGAAUGAUCCCACCAUGAAGGUGGAGUGGUACUGCAACGGCAGGCCCAUCCAAACGGGUCACCGCUUCAAGACCACCUACGACUUUGGCUUUGUGGCUUUGGAUAUUCUGUACGCCCAUGCCGAGGACACCGGCACCUACAUGUGCAAGGCCAAGAACGCCGUUGGAGAAGCUGUCACGACUUGUGCUGUAAACGUAACAGCAAAUAAGACACUCGACCUGGACACCUUGGAUGCUCAGCGAUUGGAGAAGAUUCGCCAGUUGGAGAGCUAUGCUCCACCCACUAAGGCCGUGGUGGAGGAGAAGGGCCAGAAGCCCAUCUUCCUUACCCCGCUGAGCAACCUGGAGCACUUGAAGGAGGGCGAACAUGCCCACUUGGAGUGCAGAGUGGAACCUAUUAACGAUCCUAACCUGAAGAUCGAGUGGUUCUGCAACGGUAAGCAGCUGCCCACUGGUCAUCGGUUCCGCACGACCCACGACUUUGGCUACGUCGCCCUGGAUAUCCUGUACGUCUAUGGCGAGGAUACUGGCACCUACAUCUGCAAGGCCACCAACCAGCUGGGGGAGGCUGUGAAUACGUGCAAUGUGCGCGUGUUGAACCGUCGCAGCAUGAUUCUGGAUACCCAGCAUCCUGAUGCUCUGGAGAAGAUCCAGAAGCUGGAGUCCAAGGUGGUGAAUGCUCGCACUGAGGUCGGAGAGCACCCGAUCAGUCCGCCUCACUUCACCGCAGAGCUGCGCGGCUCCACUGAGAUCUACGAGGGCCAGACGGCUCACUUUGAGGCUCAAGUGGCUCCGGUUCACGAUCCUAACUUGCGCAUCGAGUUCUACCAUAAUGGCAAGCCUUUGCCCUCGGCCUCUCGUUUCCACAUCACCUUUGACUUUGGUUACGUGUCCUUGGAUAUUACCCAUGCCGUGGCCGAGGAUGCCGGUGAAUACUCCGUCCGUGCUGUGAACGCCUUGGGCCAGGCUGUGUCUUCCACCAGCUUGAGGGUUAUUCCUCGUGGUACCAUCAUUUCGGACACCCAACAUCCAGAGGGUCUGGAGAAGAUCCGCAAGCUGGAGUCUACGGCGCCGCAUCAGCGCCAGGAACCCGAGACCCCAGGCACUCGCCAGCGUCCGGUGUUUACUCAGCCUCUGCAGAACAUCGAUAGGAUCAACGAGCACCAGACGGCCCACUUCGAAGCCCGUCUGAUUCCCGUGGGAGAUCCCAACCUCAAGGUUGAGUGGUACCGCAACGAGAAGCUCAUCGAAGACAGUUCCCGUAUCACCAAGCAGCACGACUUUGGCUAUGUCUCGCUAGAUAUCUCGCACAUCCGCAAGGAGGAUGAGGGCGUGUACAUGUGCCGCGCUGUAAAUCCUUUGGGUGAGGCUGUAACCACCGCCUCCAUGCGCGUGGUGUCUGAGGCUAGCAUCCAAAUGGAUACCCAGCAUCCGGACAGCAUCAGUCGCAUCCACCAGCUGGAGAAGCCAGUGGCUCCACGUCCUAGCGAACCCGAGCGUCUGUUUGAGAAGCCCAUCUUCACUCAACUGCUCACUGGACCUUCGGAGCUUUGGGAGGGCGCUCACGCCCACUUCGAGGCCCGUGUGGUGCCUGUGGGAGAUCCGACACUCAAGUUUGAAUGGUUCAUCAACGGCGUGGAGCUGCAGAUGGGCUCCCGUCUGCGUACCACCCACGACUUUGGAUUCGUUACCUUGGACAUUGCUGCAGUGGUGCCAGAGGAUGCUGGCGUUUACAUGUGCCGUGCCUAUAACGCCGCUGGUGAGGCUGUGUCCUCAACUGCCAUGAAGGUGAAGACGAGGGCGAACAUCGAUGGUCAACCAUUGAUCCCAGAGUCAUGGGAGGCUAUUCGCCUGAAGGAGGCUGCCAUGAACCGUGUUCCCGAGAUGUUUGUGGACUCGACUCCACAACAGGCCCCAGUCUUCACCACCCACCUGCAGAGCUACGACAAGCUCCAUGAGGGUCAACAUGUGCUCUUGGAGGCUCAGGUGGAGCCGCGUGCGGAUCCCAACCUUCGCAUCGAGUGGUUCAAGAAUGGUAUUUCCCUGACCACUGGCUCCCGCAUCCGCAGCACCUUCGAUUUCGGUUUAGUUACGCUGUCCAUCAAUGGAUUGCGUGCGGAUGACUCGGCUAUUUACACCUGCAAGGCCACCAACCAGGUGGGCGAAGCUGUUUCGACCUCCUCCCUCAAGAUCGAGGAUCGUCACUGGCUUCAGGCCGAGUCCCUGCACCCGGAUUCGCUUCCUCGCAUCGGAGAACUGGAGGCACCCAAGGAGGGACGUCCUGAGGCUCCAGAGCCGACCUACGAGACCCCGGUGUUCAUCACUCAUCUUAACAACAUCGAGUGCAAGGAGGGCGAUAACGUGCGUUUCGAAUGCAACGUCGAACCGGCCCGUGAUCCGACCAUGUCCAUCGAAUGGUUCUACAAUGGACAGCCCCUGCAAGCCGCUGCCAAGUUCAAGUCUAUCUACGACUUCGGCUAUUGCGCUCUGGAUCUGACCAACUCGUAUGCUGAGAACAGCGGUGUUUACACCUGCAAGGCCACCAACAGCAAGGGUUCGGCUACAACCUCGGGUACUCUCAAGUGCACUGGUGGCAAGACCAUGUUCCUGGACACCCAGCAUCCGCAGGGUGAGACUGGCCUGGAGGCCGUUCAAGAAACCGAGGAGGCUCUGGCCAACCGAUAUGCCAACAAAUCAGCCAAGCCGGAAACGCAGUACCCACCACCAGUGUGGACCAAGCCCCUGCAGGCUGAGUUCCAUCUGUCGGAGGCUCAACCGAUCCACUUGGAGGCCAAUGUGGAGCCGAAGGAGGAUCCAAACUUGUUCAUCGAGUGGUACUUCAACGGCAAGAUGCUGCAGCAUGGUUCUCGCUUCAAGAUGACCAGCGAGUUUGGAUUUGUGACCAUGGAUAUGAUCGAGGUGUAUGCCCGCGACCAGGGAAUUUACACGUGCAAGGCUUACAAUAAGGCUGGUGAAGCCUUUACCUCCACCACCAUCUUCUGUUCGGACAAGUCGAACAUCAUUGACUCCACACAGCAUCCGAAGGGAGCUGAGGGCCUGGAACAGAUCCAGGACCUGGAAGAUUCUCUCCGCAAGGACGGCUCGAAGCCGGAGCAACCGGAUCUGGGUAUCCCACCGCGCUUCACCACCGAAUUCGUUAACAUCGCCGACAUUGGGGAGGGUGAACUGGCCCACUUUGAGGCCAAUCUCAUCCCAGUGGGUGAUCAGAGCAUGGUCAUCGAGUGGUUCUAUAACGGAAAAGUCCUGGAAGCCAGCCAUCGUGUGCGCACCAUCUACGCCUUUGGCACUGUGGCUCUUGAGGUCCUUGGAACGAAGAUCGAGGACACCGGCACCUACACUUGCCGUGCCACCAACAAGCAUGGAACUGCCGAGAUCAGCUGCAACCUGGAGUGCGUGGACAAGCCGAGGGGCCAGAAGCCGCGCUUCACUUCCCAUAUCCAGCCGCUGCAGGGCCUGAAGGACGGUCAGUCCGCUCACUUUGAGUGCACCCUGAUCCCUGUCAAUGAUCCCGAACUGAAGGUAGAAUGGUAUCACAACGGCAAGCUCCUGCGUCACUCCAACCGCAUUAAGACCGUGUCCGACUUUGGCUAUGUCGUGUUGGACAUUGCCUAUCUGCAGGAUCACGACAGCGGAGAGUACGUGUGCAGGGCAUGGAACAAGUACGGAGAGGACUUCACCCGCACCACCCUCAACUGCGGAGGUCGCGGUGGAGUUUUCUACGACAGCUUGCAGCCGGAUUCGCUGCAGAGGAUCAGGGAAUUGGAGUGCCCACAAGGACAGCAGGCCGACACUUCCGCUCCCGUGGUUGCUGAACCACCCAAGUUCAUCACCCAGAUCAGCGAUGUCACCAAGCUGGUGGAGGGCCAGUCGGCUCACUUUGAGGCUCGCUUGACGCCCAUCACCGAUCCAGACUUGGUUGUAGAGUGGUACUUUAAUGGUAAGAAACUGCCACAUGGUCACCGUUUCCGCACCUUCCACGACUUUGGCAUUGUCAUCCUGGACAUCCUUUAUUGUUACGAGGAGAACUCUGGAGUGUACGAGUGCAGGGCUUAUAAUAAAUAUGGUGAGGAUGUGACCCGAGCUUCGCUCAAGUGCGCCUCCAAGGCUAGCCUCAUUCUGGACUCCCAGCUGCCGCGAGGCAUGGAGGGUGGUCUGGAAAAGAUCGCUAAUCUGGAGUACAGCAUGGUGCGCACUCGCGACGAAACCACCGAGGAGACCAAGGGCAAGGCUCCCGUCUUCACUGUACCGCUGGAGAACAUCGAGAAUCUGCGCGAGGGCGAGAAUGCCCACUUCGAGGCUAGAAUUACGCCGACUGAUGAUCCCAAGCUGAAGGUCGAGUGGUACUGGAACGGACGACCAUUGAAGGCCGGCUCUCGGUUCCGCACUUUCUGCGACUUUGGAUUUGUUAUUCUGGAGAUUUCCCCUGUGUAUCCCGAGGAUUCUGGCGAAUACUCUUGCCGUGCUAUCAACGAGUACGGCGAGGCUGUCACAACUGCCACCAUGAAGAUCCAGGGCAAGCGCAGCAUCAUUAUGGAAUCGCAACUGCCAAAGGGCAUGGAGGGAACCAUCGAUCGCAUCGCAGAACUGGAGGGAUUGGGCUCCCGCAGCACCGAGUUCGUGCCUGACGAUGAUACAGGAAAGCCGCCAGAGUUCAUCACUACACCCUUCGACAUGGUCAUCACUGAGAACUCGCUGGCCCACUUCGAGUGCCGCCUGCAGCCUAUCAACGACCCAUCGAUGCGUGUGGAUUGGUUCCACAAUGGCAAGGCCUUGUGGGCUGGCUCCCGCAUCAAGACCAUCAACGAUUUCGGUUUCGUAAUCCUUGAGAUCGCCGGUUGCUAUCAGCGCGACACGGGUCUGUACACUUGCAAGGCUACGAACAAGCACGGCGAGGCCACGGUCUCCUGCAAGUUGCAGGUUAAGGGUCGCCAGGGCAUCGUUAUGGAGCCCCAGCUGCCCUCCAACUUCCGCACUGGCACUGAAAGCCUGCAGAAGCUGGAGGAGAGCAUGCACAAGCGCGAGGAGAUUGUGAUCGAUGAGGAGCAGCCCAACCCGCCCAAGUUCACCGAGGACAUCAAGGACAAUUUGGAUGUGCCCGAGGGUGGUCCAAUUCACUUUGAUUGCCGUGUCGAGCCUGUUGGCGAUCCGAGCAUGCGUAUUGAAUGGUUCUACAAUGGUCGCGUUAUGGCCACUGGCUCCAGGGUUCACCAGCUCAACGACUUUGGCUUUAUUGCCUUGGAUGUGGAUUACAUUUACGCCAGGGAUUCGGGAGAGUACACUUGUCGGGCGACAAACAAGUGGGGCACUGCCACCACAACCGCCAAGGUUACCUGCAAGGGCAAGCACAAUAUUGUGUACGAAUCUCAACUGCCCGAGGGCAUGACCUCUGAAAAGUUGAAGGAACUAGAACGCGGACGCAUCCCAGAGGCCCCCAAGGUGGUUGAACAGGAGUUCGGACCACCGAAAUUCACCACGCAAAUCACUUCAGUCACUGUUGAUGAAGCUGAGGCUGUACGAUUCGAGUGCCAGGUUGAACCCAAGACGGAUCCCAGCCUGCGCGUCGAAUGGUACCGCAAUGGCAAGCCUUUGCCUUCUGGACAUCGUUACAGGAAUAUUUUCGAUAUGGGCUUUGUCUCUCUGGAUAUUCUCUAUGUGUAUGGAGAGGACUCUGGUGAAUACGUUUGCCGAGCUAUCAACAACCACGGCGAGGAUCGCACCAAGGCCACUGUAUCGUGCAAGAAACUCCCCACCAUCUUGCUGCAGAACCAAGUGCCUCGCGGCAUGAAGCGUUCGGAGACUCUGACCCAAAUGGAGGCUACCAUCAAGAAGUACACCUCCGAGGUCCAUUUGACCGAGGACGAUCUGUUUGAUCCCGAUCGCAAGCAGCCUCCUCGCUUUGUCACCCAGAUUAAGGAACAGCUCACUCUUACUGAGAUGGCAGUGACCAAGUUUGAGUGCCAGCUGGCGCCUGUGGGUGAUCCCAACAUGAAGGUCGAGUGGUUCUUCAAUGGCAAGCCUCUACUGUACAAGAACCGUUUCCAGCCUAUUUACGAUUUCGGUUAUGUGGCCAUGAACUUUGGUUGGGUUUAUCCCGAGGACAGUGGAGAGUAUGUCUGCCGUGCCACCAACUUGUAUGGCAUGGAUGAGACUCGUGCCAUUAUCAAGGUUUCUGGAAAGCCCGGUAUUGUCUACGAUUCGCAGCUGCCCGCUCAUAUGCAGAGCAUUGAUCGCAUUCGCGAAAUGGAAGCCUCAUGGCAAGUGGUGCCUGAGGAGGUUGAUCCCGAUGCAAAGCCCAGAACCAAGCCAGUCUUUGUAAGCAAACUGGAGCCACAGGUUGUGGAGGAGGGCGAUCCAGCCCGCUUCUGUGUCCGUGUUACUGGACACCCACGGCCCAGGGUGAUGUGGUUGAUUAAUGGCCACACUGUUGUGCAUGGCUCUCGCUACAAGCUAACCAACGAUGGCAUGUUCCAUCUGGAUGUACCGAAGACACGUCAGUAUGAUACCGGCAAGGUGGAAGUGAUUGCUCGCAAUUCCGUGGGUGAAUCUAUUGCCACCACCGAGCUGAAGGUGGUUGCCCGUUCCGAUGACUACCGUAAUGUUCUAAAGAACUCUCCACGUCGCAUCGUUGGAUCGAAGGAUUACCGCAAGCCGGAAUGGGUGACUCACAUGGAGGAAAUGCAGGUGGCUCUCAAAGAAACAGCAACCACUCAGGUGGAAAAACAGUUCAUACAGCAACAAGAACAUGUGCAAAUACAAGUACAACAACAAGAACAACAAGAACAAGUGCAGAUACAGGCUCAGGCUGAACAAAUUGUGCAGAAGAAAACGAAAACUAAAAUCACCAAAAAGCAUAAAAAACACACAGAACAAGAACAGAAACAGGAAGAGGAGGUUGUCGAGUCCAUCGAAUACGAACAAAGAGAAACACUGGCAUUGGCCCAUGAAACAAGCACAGGAUCACCAAAGGCAGAAACUCUUGAGCAAAUCGAAGAGCUUAAGCCCACAUACGAGACACUAUCCACGCAAAAUCAACCACAAGACACGCUCGAAUCCGUUGCGGUUGCAGUCACCACAGAACUUUCUACACCGAAACCAUUUUCAGCUCAGGCGCAGGACGACAUAUUACCCCAAAAGGUAUUGGCUGUCAGUGAGGAGAGAGUAACGCUCGAUGAAGUUAGCAUCAGCAAAGAAUUCCCACGACCUGAAGAAAGUAAGCUAAGUCAAGAGAUUGAAAUCAGGCAAAAGCACGCUGCUGAUGUCUCUGAAGCCGAGACAGCCGAGGCUCCCAAGGAAAUAAAACCAUCCAAGAUUCCGAAGUCAGUAAAGGCCCAGCGCAAGUUAAAAGAAUCACGUCCUCUGCUGGUUGAAACUACCAGCGUAGAAGAAGCCAUCGAUGAUCUAGUACCAUUAAAGACCACCAGUCAACAGGCUCACGGUGAUAUCUUGCUGUCGCAUGAGCUAAGCGAAGAGCAGCCAUCUACACUGGAGAGCUUUACGCAGCUGAAAUCCAUAGAAACUAUGGGGGAAACAGUGCAGCCAAAAUUACUAAAUCAGGAAGAGGUAAUUAUCACAGAAGUAAUGAGCAGCGAAUCGUUUGGAAAGGAAGUCACCCAGGAAAAGCCAGCUACCGAGACGAUCACUCCACAAGUAACCCCUAAUAUCAGUCUAGCCAUUAGCGAAUGUCAACCGGAAGACUCAGUUGAAGAACUGCAGCCAAACGCUGAGACUCGUCCAGAGACAUCCACAACAUCUGUUACGGAACACAAGGCAGCGAGUGGAAGUGCUCCUGAAGUUUUGGAAAGCGUACAACCGAUGCCAUUGGAGACCCAACCAACCAAGAGUGUGGCGGAUAUCACAGUUAAGGCCGAGGAGGUGCCAAUUCUAGUCCAAGAAACUGAACCCUUCGACAGUCUGCCCGAGAGCGAGGUGCCUAAGACACGGACUGAUGACAUCAAAGCCAUGGAACAAUUGGUGUUAGCUGAGGCCUUGCUAAAUAUUACUGCAGAUUCUCAGAGUCCCAUCGAAGAAAAUUUACCCAUCUUUAAGACUGAUGCCAAGGAAGCCAUUAUGGACAUACAGGCACAAAUUCAUGUCACCACCGAGGAAACCAUAUCACAUGAAGAAGCCAUAAAGGACCUAGGACUGAAUAAUAUUCCAAAACUGUCAGAGGGAACUGUGGGGCAAACUGUAGCCUUGACCAUUGGCGAAACGCUUGAGACAACUAUUUCAGAAAUGGCACAGGAACUAGUUGAACCUCUGGUGGAAUCCACUAAACCCGCAAAGGGCACCAUAACGAAACCUUAUGGAACAGCGGAGAGUAGUAAAGAGGAGCUUUUCGAUUCAUUGGGUUUCGUGCCAGAUGAAGAUCGCCAGACAGCUCACGGAAAGGUGAAUAUCGUUGAAGGGGAAGUUGUGGCAGAAAUUCAGACUACGAAUGUGAUAGAUACAGAAGGAGAAUUUUUGUCACCGGUUCCACAGUUCAUGGAUGCCAAAUUGGAGUUUGUCGAACAGGCUGCAUUGGAGGUCAAGCAAGACUCAACUGAGGAAAAGGAACAAAUCCUGUCUCCUGAUACAGAUCAGACUUCACAGACGGCAACACAAAAGAUAACUACCACUGAGCUUAAGGUAACUAGCGUAUUUGAAGUUCAACCAGACCAUACAUCCAGUGAUAUUAUUACUGAAAACACGAAGUCGGCAGAGGCAAAUAAAGUAUUUGAGUCGAUGCCAAUUGGAGUUGCAACUAGGCCCGAUCUAUUGGAGAGCAUUGGCCCCAUGGAACCAGCUCAACAACCUGAGCUUAAAACAGGAAACAUGUUACUGAUUGACAACCAACAGCCUUUGGAGGUUACCAAUGUACAAAUAACUGAGACUAGCACCGAACUACUUGACAUUCUGCCAAAGGAGAAACUUACCAACGCCCAGCCUAUCACCGAUAUAUUUAAUUAUGCCGAGGGUCUUGAGAUAAUUCCCAUGGAGUCUACAAAAAAUAAAGCCGAAGACAGCAAACCAAGUUUAGUAAUUGCCGAAGUAAGCAUGCCACAGCAAUAUGGAACAGAUAUUGGAGAGCAGGCGCCAUUGGAAAGCAUAGAGGGACGCACCGAUGAUUUGCAUCCUGCCCUGCAGACCACAGAAAGCCACUUUAGUCUGAUGCAGUCACUGGAAACUAGAUCAUGCGUAACACUAGAAGGCGAAUCAACUCUUGCGACUGAAGAGCCAAAUACUUUGCAGAGUGCUGUUAUUGGCACAACUGGACCUUUGCAGGUUGCCAACACUACGAGACCGCAACAUAUGGAGUCGCUGGAUGAACUAGACCAUCAGAAGCAGCCUAAUCAGCAGGCACAUUUCAAUAUAGGAGAAAUCACGUUACCCAAGAUCGAAGAAAACAUAAUUUGUGAUGCCUUAAAGGACUAUACAAUACCAGAGUACAAGUUGUCAUCGGUUAGCAACGUGCAGAUAAUUGAAACUUCAACAGCUUUGAAAACAAGUACAACCAUUACGAGCGAGAAUACAUCGGAUCUAAAAGACCUUGAUAUUCCACAGCAAGUUAAUGUUACACCCAAAUUAAAUGAUUUUACACAGAAAAUUCCACUCUCGGAGGAGGCACGAGUUCUGGAUCAUGUUUCCGACCUACAUGACAUUCAAAUUCCAUCGGCAACUAGUCAACCUACAAUUAGUAGUUUCCAUGAGAUUAAUGUAAGCGAGACUGAAGUAUUAGAAAGAGAGGAGCUCCUUGAAGGAGUUGCGCAGCCAAGUGAACAACUGAUUAAUGUUGCCUUGGACUCUACUACGAGUAUAGCAGUGACACGACAGGAAAAUGCCUUUGAGCUGGAACAGGGUCUAAAGGUACCUUUUAUUCAGUCGGAACAGGCCAGACUUAUUUCUUCAGAGCUUCUUCGUUUGCCUGUAUCAGAAGACACGACUGAAAUCCUAUCCACCGGAGACUUGCAAGAUUUCAAAGCAAGAAACAGUUUUGCGUCUCCGAAAAUGGAUCUUUUAAAUGAAACCAAAUCAUCAGAAACGAUAUUAUAUGACACGGUUUUAAAAUCCCAAGACUCGGAUCAGCCAGAUACAGUAGUCCCACAGCAGUCUGUAGUAGCUUACGAACAUGCAUUGGUCACCGGAAACAUAGUUUUUGAUACAGCUGAGCGCGUUGAGGACAUGCCUGUCAACCUAAAAACGGCAACUAAAACCCAGGAUAAUCUAAAUCAUUCGAUAAUUGCCAGGGAUCAAAGUAUAUUGGAGUCGGAAAUAACUUUGGUAGAGGAUAUUACGCCCAAACAAACAGCGAAACAACUGGACAAUACCCAAACUCUGCUUGCAAAGCUCGUUGAUGAAGUCACCUCCUAUGAGGCAGCAGAGGAGGCUCAAAAAUCAGAUAAGCAUCUGGCACAGACAGCGGAACUCACUCAUGAACUCGGACAGGUUCAAACAACCGAACUUCAGCAAACUGUUGAGACAGAGAAGGAAUUUACAAGUCCAGAACAAUCCUACGCAGUAGCCACGUCUGAUGAAAUACCUUCAAGGCUUGGUUUACCCGUAACUACAAAAACGCAAACUGUAGAAGGACUGCAUGAACUGGACACGUUACAAGGGGACGAGAAGAUUGCUCAAAUAUCAUUUGAAGGAGGAAAACAUGAGGUAUCUAUCAGUGAAGUGUGCGGCAUAGAGGAAUCUGAAGAGUUCAUAAAAUCAGACGUUUCUCCAAUCUCUGCUGCCGAAUCCAUCGAUGUUAUGUUUAAAGCCACUCCAGAGUCUCAUGAAGAACGAAUUUUCCAAAAGGAGUCAUUAAUAUUGCCAGCAAGCCCCAUGGAAACCAAAGCCAAACCUACAGUAGAUCUGCUCCACGGUACCACUAUAUCCGAUGUGCUGGCUUUAGAGUCUUCGGAAAACGUUGAAGGUGAUCAGGUUACAUCGCAGGAGGCCCUUCUCGAGUUCGUUGUGGCAGCCGAGUCUAAUAAAGUGCUGGUUCAAACGGAUAAUAUUAUAAUGCAAAAAGAAGAGCAUUUUAAAAACACACAAAAGGAAUAUUUUGGAAAACCUUUUAUUGUAGGCACACAGAGAGAAACGCUCAUAACUGAAGUGCUCCCCAUUGAAAAUCUUGUUGGGUUGGAUUUACCACAAGAGCCUACUACAUUCCUUGCUAGCUCAACUCCCACUAAUAAAAUGUUGCAAUCCCAUAUUGUGGAAACACAAUUACCUCUUGAACUGGAAAGUGCAACCCCAGUUGAGCCGGGUGAUAUUGCUCAAGCUAAAUUGAAAUCGGAUGAACUCAACGUUCACACAACAGUUACUGAAGUCAAUGCCUACGAAAAAACUAAAGAAAUGCCAGAUGUACCAGAUCAUACUCAUUUGUUAAAUGUCUCAAAGGAUGAUGACAUUAACAGGGCUCAUUUGACAACAAUUCAAUCGACAUUCCUGAAAGAGGAUACCCUUCCCGAAUUAAAAACUUUCGGAGAUACAGCUCAAAUGUCGAAUGUUGAAUCGAAGUCUUUAGUCACCGAAGAGGUUGUCGGUUUUAGUUCUAUACAAGAAACAUAUGAGCUUCAAGUACCCGUCGAGGGGAAUGCUAAUGUAACCCAUCAAUCUCUUCAUGAAGCUGCAAGUGUGUCCGAGCCAUUAACAUACGAACAAACUCCGCAUAUUGCAUUCGAACCGAAUAAGGAGUUCCAGACAUUACCCAGCGAUGUCGAAAUGAUGCUAAAGCCAGCAGAAAUUUCAACAGUAAACAUUUACGAAAAUGUUGAGGGUCAUGGUGAAUUCACGCCAAAUACUGCAAAACUGUCAUCAGGUGCAGCUGUCCCCACUGAGUUCAAAGUUUCGGUGGUAGAAGAGGUGACUGUUAUACCUUCCUUGGGUACUCUUGCAACCGACAUGCCCGAGCAGAUCAAUGCAAUGCCAGAAACUGUUUUAUACAAGAACGUUGUUUCCAGCGAGCAGCUUUCUUGUGAUGCUGUUAGCACGUUUUUGGACGCCAGAAGGCAAUCUACAGAGCAAGCCAAGGUUCAACCAUCUGGAGUGAGAGUUGUACCUUUAAUAAGCGAGCUGCAUGAGAAAGGAACUAUUCAGGAAUCUGAAGCGAUUCCAGCUGACGAAAAACAUGCGCUACCUUCAAUCACACCGCAGAGUACGUAUCUUAAUGAACAAAUUAUCGCACACGAGCAGGCUACCUUACUAAAAGAUCAAGAACACAUAUCACCGAAAAAGGCAAACAUAAAUUUUGAAACCAACACCACAGUAAUAACAGAACAGUUAGACAUAUUCAGCACGACAGCAAGUCAUUGUUAUCCUGAUACUGAAGACUCAUUACAACCAGCGCUAGUAGAAGGCAGCUUUAAAAAUGCUUUACAAACUACACAAUUUGUAUCAGAAUCUUCGCCUGACCUACCACAAGCGAUGCUUGAAACUGCACACUAUGAAACGACCGCACACGAAGAAGAACAUUCCACUAUCACUGAGUCACAAGCAGCAACAUACAUAUCAAAAGACGGCAAUGAUAAUCAGACACAGGAGGUUAUUAUUGGGUUAGAAAAUGUUGCAAAGAGUUUAGUUAAAACGGUAAACAGUAAAAAGGAUACAGAACAAACCACAGACACAAUACACACAAAACAAAAAACACCAACACAAAAACAAGAAAGUCGUGAAACCGAAAUCACAGAAGAACCAGAAAGCGUGCAAAUAAUUGAAGAAGUUUCUAAAGACGGCAAACUACGAAAGAAAAAGAUUCGAACUCGCGUAAUCAAAAAAAUUAAAGGUGAAAAACAGGAAGUAACCAAGAUCGAAACUGUCGAGGAAGAUGACAAGCAACCUGAAACAACAGUCACUGUCGAAGAAGUUCCAGUGGAGAUAGAACAACCCGAAGAAAUCAAGGAACUUCCAGAGGAAGUUCGCGUCGUCGAGACCAUUUCCGAAGAUGGCAAGCCAAAAAAGAAGAAGAUUCGCACUCGCGUCAUUAAGAAGGUUAAGGGAGACACGCAAGAAGUCACCAAGAUCGAAACUGUCGAGGAAGAUGACAAGCAACCUCAAACAACAGUCACUGUGGAAGAAGUUCCGGUGGAGGAAGAACAGCCCGAAGAAAUCAAGGAACUUCCAGAGGAGGUUCGCGUCGUCGAAACAAUUUCCGAAGAUGGCAAGCCAAAGAAGAAGAAGAUUCGCACUCGUGUUAUCAAGAAGGUCAAGGGAGACAAGCAAGAAGUCACCAAGAUCGAAACUGUCGAGGAGGAUGACAAGCAACCUGAAACAACAGUCACUGUGGAAGAAGUUCCGGUGGCGGAAGAACAGCCCGAAGAAAUCAAGGAACUUCCAGAGGAGGUUCGCGUCGUCGAAACAAUUUCCGAAGAUGGCAAGCCAAAGAAGAAGAAGAUUCGCACUCGUGUUAUCAAGAAGGUCAAGGGAGACAAGCAAGAAGUCACCAAGAUCGAAACUGUCGAGGAAGAUGACAAGCAACCUGAAACAAUAGUCACUGUGGAAGAAGUUCCGGUGGAGGAAGAACAGCCCGAAGAAAUCAAGGAACUUCCAGAGGAGGUUCGCGUCGUCGAAACAAUUUCCGAAGAUGGCAAGCCAAAGAAGAAGAAGAUUCGCACUCGUGUUAUCAAGAAGGUCAAGGGAGACAAGCAAGAAGUCACCAAGAUCGAAACUGUCGAGGAAGAUGACAAGCAACCUGAAACAACAGUCACUGUGGAAGAAGUUCCGGUGGAAGAAGAACAGCCCAAAGAAAUCAAGGAACUUCCAGAGGAGGUUCGCGUCGUCGAAACAAUUUCCGAAGAUGGCAAGCCAAAGAAAAAGAAGAUUCGCACUCGUGUUAUCAAGAAGGUCAAGGGAGACAAGCAAGAAGUCACCAAGAUCGAAACUGUCGAGGAAGAUGACAAGCAACCUGAAACAACAAUCACUGUGGAAGAAGUUCCGUUGGAGGAAGAACAGCCCGAAGAAAUCAAGGAACUUCCAGAGGAGGUUCGCGUCGUCGAAACAAUUUCCGAAGAUGGCAAGCCAAAGAAGAAGAAGAUUCGCACUCGUGUUAUCAAGAAGGUCAAGGGAGACAAGCAAGAAGUCACCAAGAUCGAAACUGUCGAGGAAGAUGACAAGCAACCUGAAACAACAGUCACUGUGGAAAAAGUUCCGGUGGAGGAAGAACAGCCCGAAGAAAUCAAGGAACUUCCAGAGGAGGUUCGCGUCGUCGAAACAAUUUCCGAAGAUGGCAAGCCAAAGAAGAAGAAGAUUCGCACUCGCGUUAUCAAGAAGGUCAAGGGUGACAAGCAAGAAGUCACCAAGAUCGAAACAGUCGAGGAGGAUGACAAGCAACCUGAAACAACAGUCACUGUGGAAGAAGUUCCGGUGGAGGAAGAACAGCCCGAAGAAAUCAAGGAACUUCCAGAGGAGGUUCGCGUCGUCGAAACAAUUUCCGAAGAUGGCAAGCCAAAGAAGAAGAAGAUUCGCACUCGUGUUAUCAAGAAGGUCAAGGGAGACAAGCAAGAAGUCACCAAGAUCGAAACUGUCGAGGAGGAUGACAAGCAACCUGAAACAACAGUCACUGUGGAAGAAGUUCCGGUGGAGGAAGAACAGCCCGAAGAAAUCAAGGAACUUCCAGAGGAGGUUCGCGUCGUCGAAACAAUUUCCGAAGAUGGCAAGCCAAAGAAGAAGAAGAUUCGCACUCGUGUUAUCAAGAAGGUCAAGGGAGACAAGCAAGAAGUCACCAAGAUCGAAACUGUCGAGGAAGAUGACAAGCAACCUGAAACAACAGUCACUGUGGAAGAAGUUCCGGUGGAGGAAGAACAGCCCGAAGAAAUCAAGGAACUUCCAGAGGAGGUUCGCGUCGUCGAAACAAUUUCCGAAGAUGGCAAGCCAAAGAAGAAGAAGAUUCGCACUCGUGUUAUCAAGAAGGUCAAGGGUGACAAGCAAGAAGUCACCAAGAUCGAAACAGUCGAGGAAGAUGACAAGCAACCUGAAACAACAGUCACUGUGGAAGAAGUUCCGGUGGAGGAAAAACAGCCCGAAGAAAUCAAGGAACUUCCAGAGGAGGUUCGCGUAGUCGAGACCAUUUCCGAAGACGGCAAGCCAAAGAAGAAGAAGAUCCGCACUCGCGUAAUCAAGAAGGUCAAGGGAGACAAGCAAGAAGUCACUAAGAUUGAAACCGUUGAGGAAGACGAUAAGCAACCCGAAACAACAGUCACUGUGGAAGAAGUUCCGGUGGAGGAAGAACAGCCCGAAGAAAUCAAGGAACUUCCAGAGGAGGUUCGCGUAGUAGAAACAAUUUCCGAAGAUGGCAAGCCAAAGAAGAAGAAGAUUCGCACUCGUGUUAUCAAGAAGGUCAAGGGAGACAAGCAAGAAGUUACUAAGAUUGAAACCGUUGAGGAAGACGAUAAGCAACCCGAAACAACAGUCACUGUGGAAGAAGUUCCGGUGGAGGAAGAACAGCCCGAAGAAAUCAAGGAACUUCCAGAGGAGGUUCGCGUAGUCGAAACAAUUUCCGAAGAUGGCAAGCCAAAGAAGAAGAAGAUUCGCACUCGUGUUAUCAAGAAGGUCAAGGGAGACAAGCAAGAAGUCACCAAGAUUGAAACCGUUGAGGAAGACGAUAAGCAACCCGAAACAACAGUCACUGUGGAAGAAGUUCCGGUGGAGGAAGAACAGCCCGAAGAAAUCAAGGAACUUCCAGAGGAGGUUCGCGUAGUCGAAACAAUUUCCGAAGAUGGCAAGCCAAAGAAGAAGAAGAUUCGCACUCGUGUUAUCAAGAAGGUCAAGGGAGACAAGCAAGAAGUCACCAAGAUCGAAACUGUCGAGGAAGAUGACAAGCAACCUGAAACAACAGUCACUGUGGAAGAAGUUCCGGUGGAGGAAGAACAGCCCGAAGAAAUCAAGGAACUUCCAGAGGAGGUUCGCGUCGUCGAAACAAUUUCCGAAGAUGGCAAGCCAAAAAAGAAGAAGAUUCGCACUCGUGUUAUCAAGAAGGUCAAGGGAGACAAGCAAGAAGUCACCAAGAUCGAAACAGUCGAGGAGGAUGACAAGCAACCCGAAACAACAGUCACUGUGGAAGAAGUUCCGGUGGAGGAAGAACAGCCCGAAGAAAUCAAGGAACUUCCAGAGGAGGUUCGCGUCGUCGAAACAAUUUCCGAAGAUGGCAAGCCAAAGAAGAAGAAGAUUCGCACUCGUGUUAUCAAGAAGGUCAAGGGAGACAAGCAAGAAGUCACCAAGAUCGAAACUGUCGAGGAAGAUGACAAGCAACCUGAAACAACAGUCACUGUGGAAGAAGUUCCGGUGGAGGAAGAACAGCCCGAAGAAAUCAAAGAACUUCCAGAGGAGGUUCGCGUCGUCGAAACAAUUUCCGAAGAUGGCAAGCCAAAGAAGAAGAAGAUUCGCACUCGUGUUAUCAAGAAGGUCAAGGGAGACAAGCAAGAAGUCACCAAGAUCGAAACUGUCGAGGAAGAUGACAAGCAACCUGAAACAACAGUCACUGUGGAAGAAGUUCCGGUGGAAGAAGAACAGCCCAAAGAAAUCAAGGAACUUCCAGAGGAGGUUCGCGUCGUCGAAACAAUUUCCGAAGAUGGCAAGCCAAAGAAAAAGAAGAUUCGCACUCGUGUUAUCAAGAAGGUCAAGGGAGACAAGCAAGAAGUCACCAAGAUCGAAACUGUCGAGGAAGAUGACAAGCAACCUGAAACAACAGUCACUGUGGAAGAAGUUCCGGUGGAGGAAGAACAGCCCGAAGAAAUCAAGGAACUUCCAGAGGAGGUUCGCGUCGUCGAAACAAUUUCCGAAGAUGGCAAACCAAAGAAGAAGAAGAUUCGCACUCGUGUUAUCAAGAAGGUCAAGGGAGACAAGCAAGAAGUCACCAAGAUCGAAACUGUCGAGGAGGAUGACAAGCAACCUGAAACAACAGUCACUGUGGAAGAAGUUCCGGUGGAUGGAGAACAGCCCGAAGAAAUCAAGGAACUUCCAGAGGAGGUUCGCGUCGUCGAAACAAUUUCCGAAGAUGGCAAGCCAAAGAAGAAGAAGAUUCGCACUCGUGUUAUCAAGAAGGUCAAGGGAGACAAGCAAGAAGUCACUAAGAUUGAAACCGUUGAGGAAGACGAUAAGCAACCCGAAACAACAGUCACUGUGGAAGAAGUUCCGGUGGAGGAAGAACAGCCCGAAGAAAUCAAAGAACUUCCAGAGGAGGUUCGCGUUGUCGAAACAAUUUCCGAAGAUGGCAAGCCAAAGAAGAAGAAGAUUCGCACUCGUGUUAUCAAGAAGGUCAAAGGAGACAAGCAAGAAGUCACCAAGAUCGAAACUGUCGAGGAAGAUGACAAGCAACCUGAAACAACAGUCACUGUGAAAGAAGUUCCGGUGGAGGAAGAACAGCCCGAAGAAAUCAAGGAACUUCCAGAGGAGGUUCGCGUCGUCGAAACAAUUUCCGAAGAUGGCAAGCCAAAGAAGAAGAAGAUUCGCACUCGCGUAAUCAAGAAGGUCAAGGGUGACAAGCAAGAAGUCACCAAGAUCGAAACAGUCGAGGAAGAUGACAAGCAACCUGAAACAACAGACACUGUGGAAGAAGUUCCGGUGGAGGAAGAACAGCCCGAAGAAAUCAAAGAACUUCCAGAGGAGGUUCGCGUUGUCGAAACAAUUUCCGAAGAUGGCAAGCCAAAGAAGAAGAAGAUUCGCACUCGUGUUAUCAAGAAGGUCAAGGGAGACAAGCAAGAAGUCACCAAGAUCGAAACUGUCGAGGAAGAUGACAAGCAACCUGAAACAACAGUCACUGUGAAAGAAGUUCCGGUGGAGGAAGAACAGCCCGAAGAAAUCAAGGAACUUCCAGAGGAGGUUCGCGUCGUCGAAACCAUUUCCGAAGAUGGCAAGCCAAAGAAGAAGAAGAUUCGCACUCGUGUUAUCAAGAAGGUCAAGGGAGACAAGCAAGAAGUCACUAAGAUUGAAACCGUUGAGGAAGACGAUAAGCAACCCGAAACAACAGUCACUGUGGAAGAAGUUCCGGUGGAGGAAGAACAGCCCGAAGAAAUCAAAGAACUUCCAGAGGAGGUUCGCGUUGUCGAAACAAUUUCCGAAGAUGGCAAGCCAAAGAAGAAGAAGAUUCGCACUCGUGUUAUCAAGAAGGUCAAGGGAGACAAGCAAGAAGUCACUAAGAUUGAAACCGUUGAGGAAGACGAUAAGCAACCCGAAACAACAGUCACUGUGGAAGAAGUUCCGGUGGAGGAAGAACAGCCCGAAGAAAUCAAAGAACUUCCAGAGGAGGUUCGCGUUGUCGAAACAAUUUCCGAAGAUGGCAAGCCAAAGAAGAAGAAGAUUCGCACUCGUGUUAUCAAGAAGGUCAAGGGAGACAAGCAAGAAGUCACCAAGAUCGAAACUGUCGAGGAAGAUGACAAGCAACCUACAACAACAGUCACUGUGGAAGAAGUUCCGGUGGAGGAAGAACAGCCCGAAGAAAUCAAGGAACUUCCAGAGGAGGUUCGCGUCGUCGAAACAAUUUCCGAAGAUGGCAAGCCAAAGAAGAAGAAGAUUCGCACUCGCGUAAUCAAGAAGGUCAAGGGUGACAAGCAAGAAGUCACCAAGAUCGAAACUGUCGAGGAAGAUGACAAGCAACCUGAAACAACAGUCACUGUGGAAGAAGUUCCGGUGGAGGAAGAACAGCCCGAAGAAAUCAAGGAACUUCCAGAGGAGGUUCGCGUCGUCGAAACAAUUUCCGAAGAUGGCAAGCCAAAGAAGAAGAAGAUUCGCACUCGCGUAAUCAAGAAGGUCAAGGGUGACAAGCAAGAAGUCACCAAGAUCGAAACAGUCGAGGAAGAUGACAAGCAACCUGAAACAACAGUCACUGUGGAAGAAGUUCCGGUGGAGGAAGAACAGCCCGAAGAAAUCAAGGAACUUCCAGAGGAGGUUCGCGUCGUCGAAACAAUUUCCGAAGAUGGCAAGCCAAAGAAGAAGAAGAUUCGCACUCGCGUAAUCAAGAAGGUCAAGGGUGACAAGCAAGAAGUCACCAAGAUCGAAACUGUCGAGGAAGAUGACAAGCAACCUGAAACAACAGUCACUGUGGAAGAAGUUCCGGUGGAGGAAGAACAGCCCGAAGAAAUCAAGGAACUUCCAGAGGAGGUUCGCGUCGUCGAAACAAUUUCCCAAGAUGGCAAGCCAAAGAAGAAGAAGAUUCGCACUCGCGUAAUCAAGAAGGUCAAGGGUGACAAGCAAGAAGUCACCAAGAUCGAAACUGUCGAGGAAGAUGACAAGCAACCUGAAACAACAGUCACUGUGGAAGAAGUUCCGGUGGAGGAAGAACAGCCCGAAGAAAUCAAGGAACUUCCAGAGGAGGUUCGCGUCGUCGAAACAAUUUCCGAAGAUGGCAAGCCAAAGAAGAAGAAGAUUCGCACUCGCGUUAUCAAGAAGGUCAAGGGUGACAAGCAAGAAGUCACCAAGAUCGAAACUGUCGAGGAGGAUGACAAGCAACCUGAAACAACAGUCACUGUGGAAGAAGUUCCGGUGGAGGAAGAACAGCCCGAAGAAAUCAAGGAACUUCCAGAGGAGGUUCGCGUAGUCGAGACCAUUGCCGAAGACGGCAAGCCAAAGAAGAAGAAGAUCCGCACUCGCGUUAUCAAGAAGGUCAAGGGAGACAAGCAAGAAGUGACCAAGAUCGAAACAGUCGAGGAAGACGAUAAGCAACCCGAAACAACAGUCACUGUGGAAGAAGUUCCGGUGGAGGAAGAACAGCCCGAAGAAAUCAAGGAACUUCCAGAGGAGGUUCGCGUCGUCGAAACAAUUUCCCAAGAUGGCAAGCCAAAGAAGAAGAAGAUUCGCACUCGCGUAAUCAAGAAGGUCAAGGGUGACAAGCAAGAAGUCACCAAGAUCGAAACUGUCGAGGAAGAUGACAAGCAACCUGAAACAACAGUCACUGUGGAAGAAGUUCCGGUGGAGGAAGAACAGCCCGAAGAAAUCAAGGAACUUCCAGAGGAGGUUCGCGUCGUCGAAACAAUUUCCCAAGAUGGCACGCCAAAGAAGAAGAAGAUCCGCACUCGCGUUAUCAAGAAGGUCAAGGGAGACAAGCAAGAAGUGACCAAGAUCGAAACAGUCGAGGAAGACGAUAAGCAACCUGAAACAACAGUCACUGUGGAAGAAGUUCCGGUGGAGGAAGAACAGCCCGAAGAAAUCAAGGAACUUCCAGAGGAGGUUCGCGUAGUCGAGACCAUUGCCGAAGACGGCAAGCCAAAGAAGAAGAAGAUCCGCACUCGCGUUAUCAAGAAGGUCAAGGGAGACAAGCAAGAAGUGACCAAGAUCGAAACAGUCGAGGAAGACGAUAAGCAACCCGAAACAACAGUCACUGUGGAAGAAGUUCUGGUGGAGGAAGAACAGCCCGAAGAAAUCAAGGAACUUCCAGAGGAGGUUCGCGUCGUCGAAACAAUUUCCGAAGAUGGCAAGCCAAAGAAGAAGAAGAUUCGCACUCGCGUUAUCAAGAAGGUCAAGGGAGACAAGCAAGAAGUCACCAAGAUCGAAACUGUCGAGGAGGAUGACAAGCAACCUGAAACAACAGUCACUGUGGAAGAAGUUCCGGUGGAGGAAGAACAGCCCGAAGAAAUCAAUGAACUUCCAGAGGAGGUUCGCGUAGUCGAGACCAUUGCCGAAGACGGCAAGCCACAGAAGAAGAAGAUCCGCACUCGCGUUAUCAAGAAGGUCAAGGGAGACAAGCAAGAAGUGACCAAGAUCGAAACAGUCGAGGAAGACGAUAAGCAACACGAAACAACAGUCACUGUGGAAGAAGUUCCGGUGGAGGAAGAACAGCCCGAAGAAAUCAAGGAACUUCCAGAGGAGGUUCGCGUAGUCGAGACCAUUGCCGAAGACGGCAAGCCAAAGAAGAAGAAGAUCCGCACUCGCGUUAUCAAGAAGGUCAAGGGAGACAAGCAAGAAGUAACCAAGAUCGAAACAGUCGAGGAAGACGAUAAGCAACCCGAAACAACAGUCACUGUGGAAGAAGUUCCGGUGGAGGAAGAACAGCCCGAAGAAAUCAAGGAACUUCCAGAGGAGGUUCGCGUAGUCGAGACCAUUGCCGAAGACGGCAAGCCAAAGAAGAAGAAGAUUCGCACUCGCGUUAUCAAGAGGGUCAAGGGAGACAAAACAGAAGUCACCAAGAUCGAAACUGUCGAGGAAGACGAUAAGCAACCAGAAACCACAGUGACAGUUGAAGAAGUUCCUUAUGAGGAAGAGGUUACCGAAGAAAUCCAAGAGCUUCCUGAGGAAGUUCGCGUGGUGGAAACCAUUGCAGAAGAUGGCAAGCCCAAGAAGAAGAAGAUCCGCACCCGCGUCAUUAAGAAGGUUAAGGGAGACAAGCAAGAAGUAACCAAGAUCGAAACAGUCGAGGAGGAUGACAAGCAACCUGAAACAACAGUCACUGUGGAAGAAGUUCCGGUGGAGAAAGAACAGCCCGAAGAAAUCAAGGAACUUCCAGAGGAGGUUCGCGUAGUCGAGACCAUUUCCGAAGAUGGCAAGCCAAAGAAGAAGAAGAUCCGCACUCGCGUAAUCAAGAAGGUCAAGGGUAACAAGCAAGAAGUCACUAAGAUUGAAACCGUUGAGGAAGACGAUAAGCAACCCGAAACAACAGUCACUGUGGAAGAAGUUCCGGUGGUGGAAGAACAGCCCGAAGAAAUCAAGGAACUUCCAGAGGAGGUUCGCGUAGUCGAGACCAUUGCAGAAGAUGGCAAGCCCAAGAAGAAGAUCCGCACUCGCCUAAUCAAGAAGGUCAAGGGUGACAAACAAGAAGUCACUAAGAUUGAAACCGUUGAGGAAGACGAUAAGCAACCAGAAACCACAGUGACAGUUGAAGAAGUUCCAUAUGAGAAAGAGGUUACCGAAGAAAUCCAAGAGCUUCCAGAGGAAGUUCGCGUGGUGGAAACCAUUGCAGAAGAUGGCAAGCCCAAGAAGAAGAAGAUCCGCACUCGCGUAAUCAAGAAGGUCAAGGGUGACAAACAAGAAGUCACCAAGAUCGAAACUGUCGAGGAAGAUGACAAGCAACCUGAAACAACAGUCACUGUGGAAGAAGUUCCGGUGGAGGAAGAACAGCCCGAAGAAAUCAAGGAACUUCCAGAGGAGGUUCGCGUCGUCGAGACCAUUUCCGAAGAUGGCAAGCCAAAGAAGAAGAAGAUCCGCACUCGCGUAAUCAAGAAGGUCAAGGGUAACAAGCAAGAAGUCACUAAGAUUGAAACCGUUGAGGAAGACGAUAAGCAACCAGAAACCACAGUGACAGUUGAAGAAGUUCCUUAUGAGGAAGAGGUGCCGGAAGAAAUUCAAGAGCUUCCAGAGGAAGUUCGCGUGGUGGAAACCAUUGCAGAAGAUGGCAAGCCCAAGAAGAAGAAGAUCCGCACUCGCGUAAUCAAGAAGGUCAAGGGUGACAAACAAGAAGUCACUAAAAUCGAAACUGUCGAGGAAGACGAUAAGCAACCAGAAACCAUAGUGACAGUUGAAGAAGUUCCAUAUGAGGAAGAGGUUACCGAAGAAAUCCAAGAGCUUCCAGAGGAAGUUCGCGUGGUGGAAACCAUUGCAGAAGAUGGCAAGCCCAAGAAGAAGAAGAUCCGCACUCGCGUAAUCAAGAAGGUCAAGGGUGACAAACAAGAAGUCACUAAGAUUGAAACUGUUGAGGAAGACGAUAAGCAAGCAGAAACCACAGUGACAGUUGAAGAAGUUCCUUAUGAGGAAGAGGUGCCGGAAGAAAUUCAAAAGCUUCCAGAGGAAGUUCGCGUGGUGGAAACCAUUGAAGAAGAUGGCAAGCCCAAGAAGAAGAAGAUUCGCACUCGCGUAAUCAAGAAGGUCAAGGGUGACAAACAAGAAGUCACUAAGAUUGAAACCGUUGAGGAAGACGAUAAGCAACCAGAAACCACAGUGACAGUUGAAGAAGUUCCUUAUGAGCAAGAGGUGCCCGAAGAAAUUCAAGAGCUUCCAGAGGAAGUUCGCGUGGUGGAAACCAUUGAAGAAGAUGGGAAGCCCAAAAAGAAGAAGAUCCGCACUCGUGUAAUCAAGAAGGUCAAGGGUGACAAACAAGAAGUCACUACGAUUGAAACCCUUGAGGAAGACGAUAAGCAACCAGAAACCACAGUGACAGUUAAAGAAGUUCCUUAUGAGGAAGAGGUGCCCGAAGAAAUCCAAGAGCUUCCAGAGGAAGUUCGCGUCGUGGAAACCAUUGCAGAAGAUGGCAAGCCCAAGAAGAAGAAGAUUCGCACUCGCGUAAUCAAGAAGGUCAAGGGUGACAAACAAGAAGUCACUAAGAUCGAAACUGUCGAGGAAGACGACAAACAACCGGAAACUACAGUGACAGUUGAAGAAGUUCCUUAUGAGGAAGAGGUGCCCGAAGAAAUCCAAGAGCUUCCAGAGGAAGUUCGCGUGGUGGAAACCAUUGAAGAAGAUGGCAAGCCCAAAAAGAAGAAGAUCCGCACUCGUGUAAUCAAGAAAGUCAAGGGUGACAAACAAGAAGUCACUAAGAUUGAAACCGUUGAGGAAGACGAUAAGCAACCAGAAACCACAGUGACAGUUGAAGAAGUUCCUUAUGAGGAAGAGGUGCCCGAAGAAAUCCAAGAGCUUCCAGAGGAAGUUCGCGUCGUGGAGACAAUUGCAGAAGAUGGCAAGCCCAAGAAGAAGAAGAUCCGCACUCGCGUAAUCAAGAAGGUCAAGGGUGACAAACAAGAAGUCACUAAGAUCGAAACUGUCGAGGAAGACGACAAACAACCUGAAACUACAGUGACAGUUGAAGAAGUUCCUUAUGAGGAAGUGGUGCCCGAAGAAAUCCGAGAGCUUCCAGAGGAAGUUCGCGUCGUGGAGACCAUUGCAGAAGAUGGCAAACCCAAGAAGAAGAAGAUCCGCACUCGCGUAAUCAAGAAGGUCAAGGGUGACAAACAAGAAGUCACUAAGAUCGAAACUGUCGAGGAAGACGACAAACAACCGGAAACUACAGUGACAGUUGAAGAAGUUCCUUAUGAGGAAGAGGUGCCGGAAGAAAUUCAAGAGCUUCCAGAGGAAGUCCGCGUGGUGGAAACCAUUGCAGAAGAUGGCAAGCCCAAGAAGAAGAAGAUCCGCACUCGCGUAAUCAAGAAGGUCAAGGGUGACAAACAAGAAGUCACUAAAAUCGAAACUGUCGAGGAAGACGAUAAGCAACCAGAAACAACAGUGACAGUUGAAGAAGUUCCAUAUGAGGAAGAGGUUACCGAAGAAAUCCAAGAGCUUCCUGAGGAAGUUCGCGUGGUGGAAACCAUUGCAGAAGAUGGCAAGCCCAAGAAGAAGAAGAUCCGUACUCGCGUAAUCAAGAAGGUCAAGGGUGACAAACAACAAGUCACUAAGAUUGAAACUGUCGAGGAAGACGACAAACAACCUGAAACUACAGUGACAGUUGCAGAAGUUCCUUAUGAGGAAGAGGUGCCGGAAGAAAUUCAAGAGCUUCCAGAGGAAGUUCGCGUGGUGGAAACCAUUGCAGAAGAUGGCCAGCCCAAGAAGAAGAAGAUCCGCACUCGCGUAAUCAAGAAGGUCAAGGGUGACAAACAAGAAGUCACUAAGAUUGAAACUGUCGAGGAAGACGAUAAGCAACCAGAAACCACAGUGACAGUUGAAGAAGUUCCUUAUGAGGAAGAGGUUCCGGAAGAAAUUCAAGAGCUUCCAGAGGAAGUUCACGUGGUGGAAACCAUUGCAGAAGAUGGCAAGCCCAAGAAGAAGAAGAUUCGCACUCGCGUAAUCAAGAAGGUCAAGGGUGACAAACAAGAAAUCACUAAGAUUGAAACCGUUGAGGAAGACGAUAAGCAACCAGAAACCACAGUGACAGUUGAAGAAGUUCCUUAUGAGCAAGAGGUGCCCGAAGAAAUUCAAGAGCUUCCAGAGGAAGUUCGCGUGGUGGAAACCAUUGAAGAAGAUGGGAAGCCCAAAAAGAAGAAGAUCCGCACUCGUGUAAUCAAGAAGGUCAAGGGUGACAAACAAGAAGUCACUACGAUUGAAACCCUUGAGGAAGACGAUAAGCAACCAGAAACCACAGUGACAGUUAAAGAAGUUCCUUAUGAGGAAGAGGUGCCCGAAGAAAUCCAAGAGCUUCCAGAGGAAGUUCGCGUCGUGGAAACCAUUGCAGAAGAUGGCAAGCCCAAGAAGAAGAAGAUUCGCACUCGCGUAAUCAAGAAGGUCAAGGGUGACAAACAAGAAGUCACUAAGAUCGAAACUGUCGAGGAAGACGACAAACAACCGGAAACUACAGUGACAGUUGAAGAAGUUCCUUAUGAGGAAGAGGUGCCCGAAGAAAUCCAAGAGCUUCCAGAGGAAGUUCGCGUGGUGGAAACCAUUGAAGAAGAUGGCAAGCCCAAAAAGAAGAAGAUCCGCACUCGUGUAAUCAAGAAAGUCAAGGGUGACAAACAAGAAGUCACUAAGAUUGAAACCGUUGAGGAAGACGAUAAGCAACCAGAAACCACAGUGACAGUUGAAGAAGUUCCUUAUGAGGAAGAGGUGCCCGAAGAAAUCCAAGAGCUUCCAGAGGAAGUUCGCGUCGUGGAGACAAUUGCAGAAGAUGGCAAGCCCAAGAAGAAGAAGAUCCGCACUCGCGUAAUCAAGAAGGUCAAGGGUGACAAACAAGAAGUCACUAAGAUCGAAACUGUCGAGGAAGACGACAAACAACCUGAAACUACAGUGACAGUUGAAGAAGUUCCUUAUGAGGAAGUGGUGCCCGAAGAAAUCCGAGAGCUUCCAGAGGAAGUUCGCGUCGUGGAGACCAUUGCAGAAGAUGGCAAACCCAAGAAGAAGAAGAUCCGCACUCGCGUAAUCAAGAAGGUCAAGGGUGACAAACAAGAAGUCACUAAGAUCGAAACUGUCGAGGAAGACGACAAACAACCGGAAACUACAGUGACAGUUGAAGAAGUUCCUUAUGAGGAAGAGGUGCCGGAAGAAAUUCAAGAGCUUCCAGAGGAAGUCCGCGUGGUGGAAACCAUUGCAGAAGAUGGCAAGCCCAAGAAGAAGAAGAUCCGCACUCGCGUAAUCAAGAAGGUCAAGGGUGACAAACAAGAAGUCACUAAAAUCGAAACUGUCGAGGAAGACGAUAAGCAACCAGAAACAACAGUGACAGUUGAAGAAGUUCCAUAUGAGGAAGAGGUUACCGAAGAAAUCCAAGAGCUUCCUGAGGAAGUUCGCGUGGUGGAAACCAUUGCAGAAGAUGGCAAGCCCAAGAAGAAGAAGAUCCGUACUCGCGUAAUCAAGAAGGUCAAGGGUGACAAACAACAAGUCACUAAGAUUGAAACUGUCGAGGAAGACGACAAACAACCUGAAACUACAGUGACAGUUGCAGAAGUUCCCUAUGAGGAAGAGGUGCCCGAAGAAAUUCAAGAGCUUCCGGAGGAAGUUCACGUGGUGGAGACCAUUGCAGAAGAUGGCAAGCCCAAGAAGAAGAAGAUCCGCACUCGCGUAAUCAAGAAGGUCAAGGGUGACAAACAAGAAGUCACUAAGAUUGAAACUGUCGAGGAAGACGACAAACAACCUGAAACUACAGUGACAGUUGAAGAAGUUCCUUAUGAGGAAGAGGUGCCGGAAGAAAUUCAAGAGCUUCCAGAGGAAGUUCGCGUGGUGGAAACCAUUGCAGAAGAUGGCCAGCCCAAGAAGAAGAAGAUCCGCACUCGCGUAAUCAAGAAGGUCAAGGGUGACAAACAAGAAGUCACUAAGAUCGAAACUGUCGAGGAAGACGACAAACAACCGGAAACUACAGUGACAGUUGAAGAAGUUCCUUAUGAGGAAGAGGUGCCGGAAGAAAUUCAAGAGCUUCCAGAGGAAGUUCGCGUGGUGGAAACCAUUGCAGAAGAUGGCCAGCCCAAGAAGAAGAAGAUCCGCACUCGCGUAAUCAAGAAGGUCAAGGGUGACAAACAAGAAGUCACUAAGAUUGAAACUGUCGAGGAAGACGACAAACAACCUGAAACUACAGUGACAGUUGAAGAAGUUCCUUAUGAGGAAGAGGUGCCGGAAGAAAUUCAAGAGCUUCCAGAGGAAGUUCGCGUGGUGGAAACCAUUGCAGAAGAUGGCAAGCCCAAGAAGAAGAAGAUCCGCACUCGCGUAAUCAAGAAGGUCAAGGGUGACAAACAAGAAGUCACUAAGAUCGAAACUGUCGAGGAAGACGACAAACAACCGGAAACUACAGUGACAGUUGAAGAAGUUCCUUAUGAGGAAGAGGUGCCGGAAGAAAUUCAAGAGCUUCCGGAGGAAGUUCACGUGGUGGAGACCAUUGCAGAAGAUGGCAAGCCCAAGAAGAAGAAGAUCCGCACUCGCGUAAUCAAGAAGGUCAAGGGUGACAAACAAGAAGUCACUAAGAUUGAAACUGUCGAGGAAGACGACAAACGACCUGAAACUACAGUGACAGUUGAAGAAGUUCCUUAUGAGGAAGAGGUGCCGGAAGAAAUUCAAGAGCUUCCAGAGGAAGUUCGCGUGGUGGAAACCAUUGCAGAAGAUGGCCAGCCUAAACAGAAGAAGAUCCGCACUCGCGUAAUCAAGAAGGUCAAGGGUGACAAACAAGAAGUCACUAAGAUUGAAACUGUCGAGGAAGACGACAAACGACCUGAAACUACAGUGACAGUUGAAGAAGUUCCUUAUGAGGAAGAGGUGCCGGAAGAAAUUCAAGAGCUUCCAGAGGAAGUUCGCGUGGUGGAAACCAUUGCAGAAGAUGGCCAGCCCAAGAAGAAGAAGAUCCGCACUCGCGUAAUCAAGAAGGUCAAGGGUGACAAACAAGAAGUCACUAAGAUCGAAACUGUCGAGGAAGACGACAAACAACCGGAAACUACAGUGACAGUUGAAGAAGUUCCUUAUGAGGAAGAGGUGCCGGAAGAAAUUCAAGAGCUUCCAGAGGAAGUUCGCGUGGUGGAAACCAUUGCAGAAGAUGGCCAGCCCAAGAAGAAGAAGAUCCGCACUCGCGUAAUCAAGAAGGUCAAGGGUGACAAACAAGAAGUCACUAAGAUUGAAACUGUCGAGGAAGACGACAAACAACCUGAAACUACAGUGACAGUUGAAGAAGUUCCUUAUGAGGAAGAGGUGCCGGAAGAAAUUCAAGAGCUUCCAGAGGAAGUUCGCGUGGUGGAAACCAUUGCAGAAGAUGGCAAGCCCAAGAAGAAGAAGAUCCGCACUCGCGUAAUCAAGAAGGUCAAGGGUGACAAACAAGAAGUCACUAAGAUCGAAACUGUCGAGGAAGACGACAAACAACCGGAAACUACAGUGACAGUUGAAGAAGUUCCUUAUGAGGAAGAGGUGCCGGAAGAAAUUCAAGAGCUUCCGGAGGAAGUUCACGUGGUGGAGACCAUUGCAGAAGAUGGCAAGCCCAAGAAGAAGAAGAUCCGCACUCGCGUAAUCAAGAAGGUCAAGGGUGACAAACAAGAAGUCACUAAGAUUGAAACUGUCGAGGAAGACGACAAACGACCUGAAACUACAGUGACAGUUGAAGAAGUUCCUUAUGAGGAAGAGGUGCCGGAAGAAAUUCAAGAGCUUCCAGAGGAAGUUCGCGUGGUGGAAACCAUUGCAGAAGAUGGCAAGCCCAAGAAGAAGAAGAUCCGAACUCGUGUAAUCAAGAAGGUUAAGGGUGACAAGCAAGAAGUCACUAAGAUUGAGACCGUUGAGGAAGAUGACAAAAAACCAGAAACAACUGUCACUGUCGAAGAAGUUCCGAUUACAGACCUUCCCGAAGAGGUUGAAGAACUUCCAGAAGAAGUAAUUGUUGUGGAAUCUAUAACUGAGGACGGAAAACCGAAGCAGAAAAAAAUUCGGACACGUGUUAUUAAAAAGGUCAAGGGUGAUAAGGAAGAAGUUACCAAAAUUGUAACCGUGCAGGAGGACGACAAGAAACCAGAAACAACUGUUACGGUCGAAGAAACCGAUAAUAGAACUCCAACUGUUGGAAAAACUAAGUUGAAGAAACGAGUUAUUGUCCAAAAACCGGAGGAUGAGGUAACUGUUUUUGAGUUGCCUGAACGGAAAUCAGUUAUACUUUCAGAAAAAGAAGAUGGUACUCCAACUAAAACAGUUAUCAAAACUAGAAUCAUUAAAAAGAUUCAGGGUCCCCAUAUGGAAGUGACUAAAGUUCAAACCGUCGAGGAAUAUGAAAAAACACCUAAGACUAAGGUUACGGUUGAAAAGUUUGAGUUACCUUUCCCAGAACUACCAGAAGAAAAAAUCUCUGAAGUAAUUGUUUUGCCAGAUGUGGUUUCUGAAUUUGAAACAAUUGAUGAAGAAGGCCUACCAAAGAUUGUUAAAACCAAGAAACGUGUUAUUAAGAAACCAGCAUUUGGCAAUAACGAAGAAAUAACUGAAAUCGGUAUUAUUGAACAAGCUAAUACCGAGCCCUUGUAUUCAAUAUCAAUUAAAGAGCAACCCGUAACCGAAUCGCAACCGGAUGACAGUAAAUUAGUUGAGCUACCGGAACAAGUAACAGAGAUGGAGAUUACUUCACCUGAUGGAACAAAAAAGAAAAAGACCGUUAAAUCCAGAGCUUUCAAGAAAAGUAUCGACGACAAACUUGAUGAAGUAACAACGGUUAAUGUAAUAGAAGAGGAAGAUAAGGAGCCACUGACUACAGUGCAAAUAGAAGUUGUGCCUGCUGAUGAGAUUUCCAUUACACCAAUACCCAUUGAGGAGCUUCCUGAGGAAACUGUAAUUACCGAAGAAUUAGACAACAAUAAGAAGCCAAGAAAGAAGACUACAAAAACUAGGACAUUUAAAAAGCAAGGACCCGAAGACGAUGAAUAUUUCCAAAUUCAAACUAUUGAAGAAGAGGGCAAGGAACCGUUUGCUCUUAUUCGAGUAGUCAGCGAUGAAAACAUUGCUGAUAUCAUAGAUAUUAGUAAACUCGACGAUGAAAAGGUUUCCAAACACAAACAAAAACCACACAAGCAUAAGGUGGAGAAACCAAAGAUCGAUAACACAGAAACGGAACACCCAGUUUACAUCACAACAUUUAAAUCUGUACAAAAUGAUGACGGAGAAACAACAAUACAAAGUGAAAACAAACGAGUAUCUCAGGAGGAAGGCAUCGUUGUUGAGGAAGUCCUUAGUGAUACAGAACCCAUUCCAGAAGACACUACACAAUCACACCUUGAAAUUAUUGAAGUCAACGAGCCAUCAGACCAAUACAACAAAGAGUACACUAUCACUGAACCUGAAGAGGCAAGUGCAGACGUGAAACAAACACUGGUUAAAGACAAAAAACAUAAACAGAAAAAGACCUUAGAAACACCAAUUGAAGAAGUUGACGAGACUGUUAUCGAAGAACUUAGUACAGGGGAACCGACUGACAAGACAAUUAAGAAGCGAAAGCCUAAGAAGUUAGAAGGUAAGGUUGAGGAGACUCAUGUUGAUAAAAAGCCAGUUGAAGAGAAGGAAAAGCCUAAGAAGAAAAAGGUGGUUAAGUCUAAAAGAGAUGAGUUGGAUGAAUACAUUCAAUUCCUUAUAAACCAGGAAAUUCCAAAGACUGUUCUUCAUGAGUAUAAACGCACCGAAAUGGAACAUCCUCAGAGGGCCCGUCGUGAUUCAUCUUUUAAACAACCAGUUAAGCUUACUCCAAUGAAAAUCGAGAAAGUAGAGUUUAAGAAACCAAAAAUGGUUGAAAUAAGUUCUGUGGAAGAAUUCCCUCAAAUGCUUAAGCUAAAGGCUCCCAAGCAACGACCUCAGGAAGUGAAAAAGAAGAAAACUGAAGCAUCUUUCAAGAACAUGAAAUUAAAAAGCUGGAUACGAUUUAUUCCAUACGCACCGUACUGCUUCCCAUAUGUGGUUACCGAAUUAGAAAAUAACUGCGACCAUGGCGAACUUUCACGCAAUGUUGAAGAGGCUGAGGAGGUUUUGAAGUUCCGUCCGAAAAAGUUCAAGCAUACUAAACCUGAAAAGGCGGAACUGGAGGAAGCAGAGCUGCUUUCAUUAGACUCUGAACAGGCAGAACCAUCGGAUGAGGAGCAACAAAAGCCAAAGUACCAACGUGUCAAGAAGAAUAAGAAGGAAACUCCGGAGGAAAGUAGAAAACUUAAGCUUGGUAAGGGCAAGCUUCCCGAAAAUGUUAAGUCAAUUGAGGAAGUUCAUUUAAAACCGAUCAAGAAAGAUCUCAAGGAGGAAGAUGUCAGCGAAGAACCAGUAAAGGUAGUUGAAGAAGAAGUAGUGAAGAAAAAGAAAACCAAAAAACCAGAUAAGUCUGACGAAGGACUACAAUUCGAGCCAACAGAGUUCAGAGAUAUUGAAAGAUCUUCUGAAUUCCCAGAAGAGUCUGACGAAUCGCUAGGCGAAGAGACUCACACUGAGGACAAGCCAAAGUACAAGAGAAAGAAGAAACCGACACCAACUCCAGAGAAAAACAAGUACGAAAUAUCUCCCGGGAAACCAAAGACACUUGACGAAAUCCCUGCAGAAGAUCUUAAACUGCACAAGCGACAAGGUGAAAAGCCCGUUGACGAGAAGGAAGGGGUUAAGCUUAAACCGUUCUAUAAAUUUGAAGUGGUUGAAGCGGAACCUGAUGAUGUGACAGCUGAAGAAGUUCCAACGACUGGCAGACUAACAAAGGAGCCAAAGAAAAAACGUAAGCUCAAGCUUAAGACUGAACAGGAAGACAAUACCAUUGAAAUAGUUGAAGUUACCCCCGAAGGCAGCGAUGACAAAGUUUUCGAAGUUACCAUCACAAGUUUGGAAAUUGUUCAAGACGACAAAAAGGAUAGAAACGUGCGUAAGAAGAAGGUCAAGCGGAUGAACAAACCCGAAUUGGACGAUUUUGUGUCGAUGUUAAAGGAGGAGCCUGACCAGAAGUUCUAUGAGACAACAAUACAUGAUUUCUAUGAAGUUAAGUUGACGGAGCUGGAAUCAGAAAAAGAUUCUGAUGUAGAGAAACCCAAGAAGCGCAGGAUUCGACAUGAAAAGGGAGAUGAAGUGGAAAUUUUGGAAAUAGUCGAAACUGUGGGCGCUCCCGGGGAAGAGCCGCUUUAUGAAAUUACAAUCACUUCGAGUGAUACUACGACUGAAGAGGCCGGUACACAGCCAAUCGAACAACCUAAGAAGAAAACAAAGAAAAUGAAGAAGGAUGAACUUGAUGCAUAUAUUCAGCACCUAAUAAAUGCCGAAAUUCCAGUAACAGAAUUAGAAAAAUAUGAGAAAAUUGACGUGGAUGGCAAGCCGAAAAAACCCAAAAAGCAGAAGGUUAAACAUGAGAAAUCAACAAUUGAUGAAGGCGAGAUACUUCAGGUUGGUGUCACUGAACACGAGCCAAUUGAGAAACCAAAAGCUAAGAAGCAAAAAGCGAAGAAGGCCACGAAGGAGGAAGAAAUCGUUGAGACGCAGGAAGUUCCAGUAUACGAUGAGUACCUUAUCAAAAAGACUGACUCGGAGCGAUCGCCAGAACAACAUUUUGAAAAACCAGAGGAAGAAAUCGUCCCGGCUGUAGAUGAAAUAAUAACAGACUUAACUGAAACAUUGCCUAUUGUGGUUGUGGAGGAAGACUUUGAAACCGUUUCAUUGCCUUCAGAAGUCAUUCACGAUACGGAUCAGAAGAUAAUUAAGAAACGCAAAGUAAAAACUAGAAAGGGCUCAAAACACUACGAAAUCGAAAUAAUUGAAACCGAAGCAUCGGAUGACAAGCCCGAGGAAGCAGAGGUUAUAGUUAUAACAACUGAAAUUUCAGAAGAUAUCACAGAUGGGCCUGCAAUGGUGAAACCAGAAACACCAAAGAAAUUAGUGAAAAAGGUGAAAAAGGAGAAACUAAAGGAGUUCAUUAUCAACGUUGUUGAGGAAGCUCCAUUGGAACACAUAGUUGAAAUAUCUGAGGAUUUGACAAUAGCUCCUGAAAGAAAAGACUCAGUGGUAGAAGAUAUCAUAGCAUUCACCACCACAGUAGUUGACGAGGAAACAGUGCCAGAUGUUUCACCGGACCAGAGUAAACCUGAAGAUGCUCCAAGCUUGCCGAAGGAUAAGAAAAUGAAAACUGAUAAACAGAAAAAGGUUAAAGUGUCCGAAACCGAACCCGCAUCUACUACAGAGGACUCCAAGAUUACAGAACAUACAACAGAAAUUUCAGAAUCGUUUGAUUCUCCUCAAGCCGAUGAAUAUUUGGUUGAUGUGAAAGAUACUUUACCGAAGGGCAAAAAGAAAUCCGUUAAGAAAGCUAAGGUAAAGCCCGAGGAACCCAUCUCCGAAUAUACGAUUCGUAUUGAGGAGCUGGCUCCAGAAACUGUUGUAGACAAAAUAGUCAAUGAAGAGGGAACGGAAGUAGAACGUGUCAUUACCAAGCGUAAACUCAAGAAAAAGGAUGGACAAAAGGAAUAUCUCAUUGAAGUGGUUGAAACUUAUGAAGAAAACAAACCAGAAUCAGAUAUUGUUAUCCAAACCAUUGAAAUAACGCCUGAAACCGACACCAAACCUCAGGAAGAGCAUAAGGUAAAGAUUGUGAAGAGGAGGAAGCCUAAGGCCGAAAGCUUAGAUAACUUUAUUCAUGAACUUAUCGAACAGGAAAUUCCAAAAACUGAUGUUGAAGAGUACGAAGCACCUGUAACAGAGACAUCUCCGGAGGAAAAGAAGCCCAAAAAAAUCAAGAAACACCACAGAAAAACUACCGAGAUCGUCGAUGGCGUACCAAUUACUGUAUAUGAAAUAAGCGUACAAGAGUUUGAAUUAGAACAAGAUGACAUUAAGCCAGAUGAAGACGUAAUAGUGAAAACUGCAAGUGAGGAGACAACUGAACCCUAUGAAGAUUUGGAAGUAAAGGUUGUAGAGGGAAAACCAAAACCUAAAUCAAAGAAAUCGUAUAAGACAAAGGUCAUUGAAGAGGAGCAGCCCCAACCAAUCCUGAAGGAAAUUGAGGAAUCAGUGCAAGUCACACAAAUAGUAGAAGAUGGUAUACCAAAGCAGGUAGAGGUUAAGAAGAAGAAGGUUUCUCGAAAGCACGGUCCAAUAGAACAGAUAUUUGAAAUCACGGAAACAAAAUCAAGUGACGAGCCUCUGGCUGAGGUAACCAUUGUUGAGAUUACAGAAGAACAGCCUAAAGAUGACACAAAGGAAAUUAAGGAAAAACAAAUAAUUAAGAAGUCCAAGAAAUUGAAGCCUGAAGAUGUCAAAAAUUACGUGGUAAAUAUUUUGGAAGAAUUCGCUGAACCGUACAAAUUUGAAGAACUUGUGGAGGAUGAAGCAGAAAAACAACGACCAGUUAUUGAAGAUAUUUCAGAAGUGGUCGAAACUAUACAAGUUACUGAAGAAGAUGGAGUACAAAAGCAGGUUGUUAUUAAGAAAAAGAAGGUUUCGCGCAAACAAGGACCAAAAGAACAAAUUUUUGAAAUCACUGAAACUAAAACUAAUGAUGAACCUUUGGCUGAGGUUACUAUUGUCGAGUUAACAGAAGACCAACCUAAAGAGGACAUUGUUAUACAUGAAGAAAAGAAACCAAUAAAGAAACCGAAAAAGCUGAAGCCCGAAGAUGUCCAAAACUAUGUAGUUAAUGUUCUUGAAGAGUUUAUCGAGCCUUAUAAGUUUGAGGAUACCGAACAACCAGUAAUUACUGAAAUUGCAGAGUCCGUGGAAGUUGUGCAAGUUACUGAAGAAGAUGGAGUUCCAAAGCAGGUGGAAAUUAAGAAAAAGAAGGUUUCGCGCAAACAAGGACCAAAAGAACAAAUCUUUGAAAUCACUGAAACUAAAACUAGUGAUGAACCUCUGGCUGAGGUAACUAUUGUCGAAUUGACAGAAGACCAACCUAAGGAAGACAUUAUUCUACCUAUAGAAAAGAAACCAAUUAAGAAACUGAAAAAGCUGAAGCCCGAAGAUGUCCAAAACUAUGUCGUUAACGUUCUCGAAGAGUUUAUUGAGCCUUAUAAGUUUGAGGAACCACUUAUUACCGAGAUUGCGGAAUCCGUGGAAGUUGUAGAAGUUACUGAAGAAGAUGGAGUACCAAAGCAAGUUGAAGUUAGGAAAAAGAAGGUUUCGCGUAAACAAGGACCAAAAGAACAAAUCUUUGAAAUCACUGAAACUAAAACUAGUGAUGAACCUCUGGCUGAGGUAACUAUUGUCGAAUUGACAGAAGACCAACCUAAGGAAGACAUUAUUCUACCUAUAGAAAAGAAACCAAUUAAGAAACCGAAAAAGCUGAAGCCCGAAGAUGUCCAAAACUAUGUCGUUAACGUUCUCGAAGAGUUUAAUGAGCCUUAUAAGUUUGAGGAACCAGUAAUGACAGAUAUUGCGGAAUCCGUGGAAGUCGUACAAGUUACUGAAGAAGAUGGUACACCAAAGCAGAUUGAAAUUAAGAAAAAGAAGGUUUCGCGCAAACAAGGACCAAAAGAACAAAUCUUUGAAAUCACUGAAACUAAAACUAGUGAUGAACCUCUGGCUGAGGUUACUAUUGUCGAGUUAACAGAAGAACAGCCCACGGAAGACAUUGUUGUACCUGACCAAAAGAAACCUAUUAAGAAACCCAAAAAACUAAGGCCCGAAGAUGUCCAAAACUAUGUGAUUAAUGUUCUAGAAGAAUUAAACGAGCCUUAUUUAUUUGAGGAGCAAGAAGAGGUGGUGCCUAUUAAGACCAAAAAGCCAAAGAAGAAGCCAGCUGAAGAUACAAUCCUUAUUGAAGAAAUGGCUCCUGAAACCGUUAUUGAAGAUAUCGUAAAUGACGAGGGAGAAGAAGUUAAACAGGUCAAGACAACUAAAAGGCUUAAAAAGAAGGAAGGAUCUAAGGAAUAUGUCAUCGAAGUAACCGAAACUUAUCAAGAAAACAAGCCAGAGGCUGAGAUAGAGUUUACUACAAUAGAGAUACCUUCAGAGGAUUCACCACAGAUUACAGAUGAUAAGCCAGCUAAGGUUGUUCAAAAGGUUAAAAAGAAGAAGCCUGUGAAGGAUGAUCUUGACAAAUAUAUACAGCAGUUGAUCGAACAGGAAAUCACAAAAACCACCCUUGAACAAUAUGAGCCAACUGAAAUGGAUGCCAAACCCAAACAAGCCAAAAAGAAGGUAAAAGUUCACCACAAAAAGACUAUUGAAGAGAGCUUAGGCGAUAGCUUACCUGUCACAAUUCAUGAGUUCAACGUUGAAGAGGUGGAACCCGUUGCCGAAGAUCUACAACCAUUAGAAAUUUUGACAGAGGACAUCAAAGAGGCACCCCAAAAGCCAGAUGACUUAUCGAAUUACCUUGUGAACAUUUCCGAUGAAUUCGUUGAAAAUGAUCAGCCUAUUGAAAUAUCUCCGGAGGAAGAACAAAAACCAACCAAAAAAGAAAAACAAUUAAAAAAGAAAAAGUUGGAGGAGGUUCCUGUUCCAUUAAAAGAAAUUGAACAAACUGUUGAAGUAGUUGAACAACCCACUGAGGAAGGUAAAAUUAAAGAAAUUACUGUGAAAAAGCGCAAGGUUUCCCGAAGAAAGGGCUCCAAAGAACAUGUCUUUGAAAUAACUGAAACCACCAGCGAUGAUCAGCCAAUAGCUGAAGUUACAGUUGUUGAAUUAACUUCCGAUGAUGUUGUUGUUUCCGACGAAAAGCCAAAGUCUGAAAAGAAGGUCAUUAAAAAGCCGAAGCAACUCAAGACGGACGAAGUUGAGGACUAUGUAAUUAGUAUUAUUGAAGAAUUCGUAGAGCAGGUUCCAGUUGAGGUAGUUGAUAGUGAAGCUGUGGAAGUUAAGGAAGAAGGGCCUAAAAAGUCUAAGAAAACUCCUAAAAAGUACACAGUCACUGAACAAGAAACUUCGGAAAAUAAAGAACCUGAAGUCGUCGAAGAAGUUCAAUUGCAGCCAGUUCAAGAUGUCCCAGAACAAAUCGAAACUACCGAUUUUGCUAUUGGUAUAAAGGAAGAGACUGUAGUCGACGAAAAGAAACAACCAAAACCUAAGAAGGUGACAAAAACAAAGCCGGUACAGCAACCCGUUACGGAGGAAAACCAAGAGUAUCUAGUUACUCUGAUUUCUGAAGAAAAUGUCAAACAAGAGGAGCAGCCGGAAUAUGAAACUGGAGUUAUUGAUGAAGAAGAUGCUAAACCAUCGGAGCAACCUUCAUUCCAGAUAGAAGAAAUUGAAACUGUAUCAACGGAACAGGAAGUAAUCGAUGCAAGGGGAGAAACUGCGAAGCAAACUGUCACCAAACGUAAAAUCAAAAAGCAGCUUGGCCCCAAGGAGGAAAUUAUUGAAAUUGUGGAAACUAAGACGGGUGACGAACCUGAGUAUGAAGUCAUUGUAACCACGCAAGAUGCCGAAUUAGUCACUGAAGAAGUUCCUGAGGAAGAAAAACCAAAGAAGGUUAAGAAAGCGAAAAAAGUACCCAAGGACGAUCUCCAAGACUAUAUUCAGAAGCUCAUUGAGCAAGAUAUACCGAAAACGGAACUGGAAAAGUAUGAAAAGAUAGACUUGGAUGAACCGGUUAAGAUGAAAAAGAAGCCCGUAAAGAAGGUGAAGGUUUCAGAAGAACAACCAACAGAAGAUACUGAAGAGCCGCUGGAAGACAAGCCACUGGAAGAGAAAAAUCUAUCUGCUGAGGAAGAAAAGGACGAACCCUUAUUAAAGUUUUCCGUCAAGGAAUAUGUCCCUGAAAAACCGGAGGAUACAACAUUCGAAAUAGUUGUCCUUGAGGAAACAGUAGAGACCAAGCAGGUGCCAGACGAAGAGGGAAAAAUAAAGGAAAAGGUGGUCAAGACAAAGAAGAUAAAGCAGAAGAAGGGUCCAGAGGAAGUAGUUCACGAUAUUAUUGAAGUAACUGAUAAGGAUACUAACGAAUCUGAAAUAACCGUUAUAACCACAAGUCCAACGGAAACCCCCGAUCAGGAGGAACCUGUAGUCAAACAAAAGCGGACUAAAAAGAUCAAAAAGGAAGAUGUUGAGGAUUUCAUUAAAACUGUAAUUGAAGAGGAAGCCCCAAAACCGGCUGAGUUAGACGAUGAAGUUGUAGUAGUCGAAGACUCUGCUUCCAAACCAACUCCCGAGAAGACUAAAAAGAAGCCAAAGAAAGACAAACAGUCUGUUCCUGAGGAAGAAAAACCAAAGGAUGAUUUAGUAUCUGUUGUCGAAAAUAUCAAAGAAGAUGCACCAGUUAGCGACGAUAUAAUAAUUGUGCAGGAAUCCGUUCCUAGUGAAGAAGAACCUGAUCAUGAAAUUGAUCAAGUUGAAGAGACUAAGAAACCGGAAAAGAAAAAGAAGCCAAAGACGAAGGUUACUGUCUCAGAAGAGGGUCCAGAAGAGGCUUUAGACGAACAGCCACUGGAGGUUACCGAAAAGGAAUCUGAUAUUGAAAAACCACAAUAUCAAGAAUUUAGCGUUUCUGUCAAGGAAGAAGAAAAACCUGAGCCUAAGCCAGAAAGAAAGAAGACGUCAAAGCCUGUCCACAAAGAGUCAGACCAACCGUCAGAGGAAAAAUACGAAAUUUCAAUCACAGAAAGUGUUUUGGAACCAACCGAAGAAAAGCCUUAUACGAUUGAGAUAAUAGAGAGCGAAACCAAGGUUGAGGAAACAACGGACGAUACUGGGGAAGUUCAUAAACAGGUUACCACCAAACGAAAAUUAAAGCGUCCUGAUGGCGAAGGGGAAAUAGAGAUAAUAGAAGUUGUUAGGGACGAUCAGCCCGAGGCGGAAAUAACUAUUGUAGAAUAUGAACCAGAACCUGAAAAGCAAGAAGAAAAGCCAAAGGAACCUAAAAAGAAAACCAAGAAGGUUAAGAAGGAUGACAUUCACGACUACAUACAAAAGCUUAUUGACAUGGAGACUCCCAAGACUGAGUUGGAAAAGUAUGAGAAAAUUGAAUUCGAACCCACGGUUAAGGACAAGCCAUCUGACCAACAGGUUGACGUUGUUGAGGAAACUCCUUCUGAAAAGCCAAAGAAAGAUAAAAAGACAAAGCCCAAGUCAGCAUCUAAAGAAGAGACUCCUGUUUCAGAUCAAUUGGCGGAGGUUAAUGUGGUCGAAGAAGAAGCUCCGGAACAACCUUUAAUAACGGUUGAAGUCGUCGAAAUUCAACCCGUAGAGGUAGAAACUCAUGAGGUUGUUUCUGAGGAGGGCAAGCCUAUUCAGGAAAAGACCACUAAACGUGUUUUGAAGAAAAAGGGACCGAAAGAAGAAACCACUUUCAAGAUUACAACCAUUGAAAAUGAGGAUACUGAUUCUGUCACAGUUAUUGUUGAUGAAGAACCGGAUGUAGCUCCCAUACAAGCCAUUGAAGAACAACCUGAGCAGAUGGAGGAGAAGUCCAAGCCCAAGCCGAAGAAAACUGUUAAGAAGGUUAAGAAAGAUGAUCUAGACGACUAUGUUAAGAAAUUAAUAGAGGAAGAAAUUCCAAAGCCCGAGUUAGAAAAGUACGAAAAGGUCGAAAUACCAGAAGAAUCUGAAGAGACAGCUCCUUCUGAAAUAGCUCCUACAGAGGUUAAAUUAGAUUUAACUGAGCCAAAACCAACUGUUGACGAGGUAGCCAAACCUAAGAAAACAAAGACACCAAAGCCUAAGACAGUAGCAACUAACGAAACAAAACAAGACGAACCGACAGAUACAACUGUUGACAUCACUGACACAGCAGAUAUCACACCAAACCAAAUUGCACAACCCGAGGACACAGCCACUGCACAAAUUACACCAAGCGCACAAGAAGAUAAACCUACUCAAGAUGACACUAAAGAUACAAUUCAGAAAACAGUUAAACAUAAGAAAACAAAACCAGACACACAAAAAAGCGUUGAAACAAGUGAAGUACCAGAAGUUCAAAAAGACUAUCAAAUAAGCAUCAUUCACGAAGAGCCCGUUGAGGAAGAGAAACCUCAAAAGAUUUUGGAAGUCCGAGUCAUCGAUGAAGUCGCCGAGGUUGAGGAAUCACAGCCCAUUGUCGAAGAGAUUGAAGAGGAGGAACAGCCCAUAACAGAGGAUACUCCCGAGGACGCCACCAAGCCAAAGACUAAAAAGAAGAAGGUUGUCAAAAAGAAAACCGAUGACCAUGAUGAAAUUAUCCGAAAACUAUUGGAACAAGAAAUUGAGAAGACAGAACUUGAGAAGUACGAGAAACUUGAAUUCGAUCUUCCCAAGAAGCUCAAGCCAGAGUUCGCUAGUCUAGAGCCAAUGAAAAUAGAACGCAAGGAACAGAAGCCGACAAAGGUAACAAUUGUCGAAGCUGCCGAUGUUCCCAAAUCUGUGAAACUAAAGCCCGGCAAACGUAAGGAGAAGCCUGCAGAAGAACAGACUGUUCAACUACCUAAAUUCCGUCUCAAAACCCGUAUGGUCAUAGUUGAAUUCCCACCGGCUCCGCUUAUUCCGAAGCUUACUAAAAUUGGUGCCACCAAAGAUAAUGGUGAACUAUCUCGAAACAUCGAAGAGGCUGAAGAAGUCCUUAAGUUCAAACCGCACAAGACCAAGAAAAUCAAGAAGAUCAAGGAUGAUUUAGAAAAGGUUGAGCUUGAAAAGUACGAGAAAUAUGUCAGUAGUGAGGAAGAACCAGAGGAAAAGGCUCCAUAUCAAAAACCAGAAAAGGCGCCCAAGCCAGAAGAGAAACAAGAAGAGGUGAAGAUUAAGUUGGGCAAGGGUAAAAAGAAACCAAAGGAUGAUGAAGAACCUGAGAACGUAACACUUAAGAAGAUUCCAAUCAAGCCCAAGGAAGUCGAGGAAGAAGUUGAGCUGAAGGUCAAGCCAAAGGAAGUGGUUGUUGUUGAGGAACAACCAAAGGAGCCCAAGGAAGGACAGUUCAAUGUUGAGCCGUUCGAACCAGUCGAAUUUGAUCGUCCUGAAUAUGAACCUGAAGAGCUGGAGCCCAUUGACCACCCAGAUAAGCCAGAGAAACCGAAGAAACCUACCAAGACCAAGUAUAAGCCAAAGGACAAAUCAAAGCCAGAGCCAGAAACCAUUAUCUCGGAGAUUGUUCCUGGAGUACCAAAGGAGCAAGAAGAAAUACCAGAAGAAGAAAUUAAGUUCCGCAAGCCCGAAAGAAAGGCUCCUGAAGAGACAGAGUCCGAAAUCAAACUACGACCUGUCCCUAAAGCUCCUCAAGAGGAAGAGCCGGUCGAGCAGGCCAUUGUAAAGCCUAAGGUAGAGGAGCCCCAGCCUGAAGAGCCUGAAGUUAACUCUGAUGACGAAAUUAAGAAACCAAAGAAGGCCAAGUCGAAAAAGGUACAACCCAAGGAAGAAGAAUUACCAGAGCAAAAACCAGAAGACUAUGAAGUGUCGGUAAAGGACGAAGAAGCUCCUGUAGAGAAGCCUGUUGAAACCGAACAACCAAAGGAAGUAAAGGUGAAACAUAAGAAGCCCAAGGAAGCCCCUGUAUCUGAAGUUGAAAUCACGGAAGAAGUACCGCAACCAGAAGAGGUGCCAGAAGAAAUACCAGUGGAAUACAAGAUAACAACUACGGUUUUGGAGCCUGAAGAGGCGCCGAAGGAACAUCAAGUCCGAGUAAUUGAUUUUGAUGAGCGUCAAGAAACCACUGAGGAAGUCGUCGAAGAAAAGGUUGUAACAAGAAAGAAGAAACCAAAGCCACAGCAACCGGAAGAAUUUGAGGUAACUUUGAAAGAGCCAAAGGAGGAAGACCAACCGGUCGAGGAAGUUUCGGCUGAAAUCGUGCUGCCAGUUGAGCAGCCCGAACAAAAGCCAGAAGAGUUUGAGGUUGAGCUUAAAAUCACCGAAUCUACUCCUGAGAAGCCCGUUGAACAGGAAAUUACCGUUAAAGAAAAAACCAAAAAGAAGCCUGUGAAAGAAGUCAAGGAAGAUAAGAUUGUCGUGGUGGAGGAAGAAGAGAAAGUACAACCAGUUGAGGAACAAGUGGUUGAAGUCGAAAAACAAGAAGAGAAGAAGAAGACCAAGAAGCCAAAGUCAUAUGAGUUCAGCGUAACAGAAACCGAAGCUGUUAAAGAAAAACCUGAUGAAGUUGUUGAGAAAAUCCCUGAAGAAAUUCCCGAGGUUUUGGAAGAGAAGGUUGUGGAGAAGUUUGAUUCAUAUGAAAUCACUCUCAAGGAAACUGAAGCAGAGAAGGUAACUGCUGUGGAAGAACAGCCCGAGGAAGAAAUUCCUCAACAAGUUGUUCUUAAGAAGAAACCGAAAAAACCAGAGGAGUUCGAGGCUGAGGUUGUGUUGACUGAACCAAAGGUCACAGAGGAAACCACAGUGGAAACUGAAAUAAAGCAAAAGAAGGUUAAAAAGCCAAAGAAGACUGAGGAAGAAGCUCAAUUGGAAGUCAAGGUUGUGGAAUCCGAAGCUCCUGUCCCUAAAGAAAUUAUUGAAGAAACUGCUAAGCCUGAGAUUGUAGAAAAGCAGGAAGUUAUUGUUGAAGAAAAGCCUGAAGAAUAUAGCAUUCGCGUUUCGGAAACUGAUGCUAAGCCAGAAGAACCAAGUGAAGCACAGUUUACAGUGAAAAAACGCAAACCUUCUGUCACUUUCGCCGACGAGCCAGCGACCGAAAUCAUUCUAAAGGAGACCAAGCCCGUUGAAGAAGUCACUGAAGAAGCUCAAAUCAAGACCAAAAAGCCCAAAAAGAAGGUUAAGGAUGUGGAGGCUGAAGAAUUGAAGAUCACAAUAACUGAGGAAAUUCCACAGGAAGUUCCAGUAAUUGAGGAAGUCGAGGAGGAAGAGGUGGUCACAGUGGUCAAAGAAGAACUACCAAAGGUUGAAGAUAAAACAUAUACUUUUGGCAUCAAGGAGACUCAGCCUGAGAAACCUGUAGAAGUGAUUGCUAAGGAAGAGCCAGUGGUAACCGAACCGAUUGUGGAAGAACCGCAACCUGAAGUCUUUGAAGAACAUAAGGUUAAAGUCAUUGAGGAAACUCCCCGUGAAGUCGUUGAAGAAGUUGUCGAGGAAGAGGUCAAGGUUAUUCGAAAGAAGAAACCCAAGCCUGAAGCCAAGGAUGAACCUGAGGCCGAAGUAACUGUUUCAGCUCCACAGCCAGUCGAUGAGGUCGAAGCUACUUCCAGCAUUACAGUGGUUCCAGAGCAGCCGACCGAAGAGGAAGCCGCUGAUCUAAAAAUAACAAUUAUUGAAGAAGUGGCGCCACCCCAAGAACUUGUCCAGGAGAUUGAAGAAAUUGAAAUCAUCGAGGAACCCCAGGCACUUGAAGAGACCCCCGAAGACUUUAGCUUUGCCAUUAAAGAAGCUGAUAAGGAGCCCACCGUGGAAGAGUUGCCGGAAGAACAGGUUACGAUUCAGAAAAAGAAGAAAAAGGCGCCUGCAGCUGAGAUUGUAGAAGAACCUGAAGCAGAAUUCAUGAUUAAGCCCAAGCAGCCAGUGCAAGAAGUUUCCGAAGAAGCCAAAAUUAUAAAGAAGCCCAAGAAACCUGCUGCCCAAGAGGAGGCAGCUGCUGAGCUUAAGGUAACUCUCACAGAGGAGGUUCCUACGGAAUCUGAAGUUCAAGAAAUAAUCGAGGAAAUUGAAGAAGUAACAGAAGAAAAGCCCACUGAGUACACUAUUGGUGUUAAGGAAACUGAACCAGAAGCACCAAAGGAAGAAGAAGUCAGCCUACCCAAAAAGAAACCAAAGGAUAUUCCAGUCGUUGAAGAGCCCGAGGCAGAAGUUACUCUGAAACCGAAACCAAAGGUGGAAGAAGUUCAGGAGGAGACUAAGAUAGUGAAGAAGAAACCAAAGAAACCUGUCGAAGAAGUAGCCGCCGAGGAGCUUACGGUUAAGGUUGAAGAAGAAGUUAUUCCCGAGCCGAUCGUGGAAGAAGAGGUAAUAGAGGAAGUCCAAAUUAAAAAGAAACCAGAACCUGCGCCAGAGGACAUUGUCGAUGCUGCGGUUGUGAAACUAAAGAAACCACAACCAGUAGAGGCAGAUGAAGUCGUGGCUGAAGUAACUCUAAAGCCCAAGACGCCAAAGGAAGUCCAGGAAGAGGAAUUCUCUGUAGAUGUUAAGCUGCCUAGGGAACAGAAGGUAACCGAGGAAACCUCCGACCAAACAGUACAGCUUAAGAAGAAGAAGAAGCCGCAAAAACCGGUGGAAGAGGCUGCUGACGAACUGGAGCUGAAACAAACGGUCAUCGAAGAAAGGCCCGUGGAAAUCGAAGAGGAAGAGAUCAUUGAUGAGGCAGUCAUUAUUCGAAAGAAACCAAAGAAACCGUUCGUGCCGACUGUGGAGGAUCUUGAAGAAACUGAAUUCAGCCUCUCCUUUAAGAAGCCACACACUAUCAAUGAGGGCGUGGAGGAGGCCGCGACCGUACUUAAGAAACGACCAGUAAGGCCCACCACCAUGGACGAGGCCGCAGCGGAGCUUUCUAUCAAACGCCAAGAAGAAGAAUACGAAGAGGGCGAAGAUAUCGAAGAGUUUGUCGUUAGCCAGCGUGCCAAGCCGAAGCCUCUGCAGAUCACUGAUGAAGGUGAGGAAGCCUACACCGUAAAGAAGCUGAAGCGCCGCAAGCAAGUGGACAUUCCCGAGUACGCUGACGUUGAGAACGUUACGUUCCGUGCGAGAAGCACAAAGACUAAGGAGGAUGUGGAUCAGGAGUUCAACAUUGCUCUAGACUCGUAUGCGGAGGAGGAAGUCUCCAUGUCUGGCAAGGUCAAGCUUAAGAAGCCCAUUAAAAAGACCUUCUCUGAGGCUGCCGACGAGGCCCACAUUAAGAUCAUGCAAGACUACGACGAUGGUGAAGAGCCCAUCAUUGAAGAGAUUCGAGACGAUGAGGAUACCAUCGAUGAAGUCGAGGAGCCUGAAGAGUACUUUGUAGAGGAACUGCCACCAGAUGAGGUAGACUUCAAGCUGAAGCCUAAGAAGCAGUCCAAGCCUACCUAUUCCGUUCAGGACGAGGAAGAAGAGCAGUUCCUAAUUGGCAUUCGGCAUCCGAAACGUGAUUCUGUUACCUAUGAUGAAGAUUCUCUGACGUUCAAGAAGAAACGUAAGGUUGUCCAACAACUGUAUAAUGAAGAUGGAGCAUCGCUUAAUAUCACCAGAGAAAUGAAUGUUGAAGAAUCGGAAAAUCAAAAUGUUAUGUACUCCAUUUGCAAUUAUAUUGCCGACAACGACGAAGCUAUCAACUUAGUAGAGGGUGAAAAGGUAACAGUCAUUGGACGUCACAGCUCUGAGUGGUGGUAUGUCAAGAAGAGCAUUACCGAGGAAGAAGGUUGGGUUCCUGCUCAAUAUCUAAUGGAGCCAGAUGAAUACGCUCAGUAUGUGCAAAAUAAGUUGCACGAGAAGAUCGAUAAGCUUCCUGUGUUUGAACGUCCUGGACCAGAAGACAAGCCCAUUGCUCCGCGAUUUAUUGAAAAACUGCAGCCCAUUCACACACCUGACGGCUACACUGUGCAGUUCGAGUGCAAGGUUGAGGGUAGCCCGAGACCGCAGAUUGCCUGGUUCCGCGAGACGGCCAUUAUAAAGCCCUCGCAGGACUUCCAAAUAUUCUACGAUGACGAUAAUGUGGCUACCCUGAUUAUUCGCGAAGUCUUCCCCGAAGAUGCAGGCCAGUUUACAUGUGUGGCUAAAAACGCCGCUGGAUUUACUUCCAGUACCACGGAACUGAUUGUGGAGAGUCCACUGUCCGAUCAUGGUUCUGAUGCCACAGCCCUAUCACGUCGCAGUAUGUCCCGCGAAUCGUCGCUGGCAGAUAUUUUGGAGGGAAUUCCACCAACCUUCUCAAAGAAACCAAAGGCCCAGUAUGUGGACGAGAAUACAAAUGUUAUUCUAGAGUGCCGACUGGUAGCCGUUCCAGAACCGGACAUUGUCUGGACCUUUAAUGGUGUGGACAUUGACGAGGAAGAGAUCAAGAAUGUUCGCAUCGUUACCGAAUCAGAUAUGCACAUGUACUGCAGUGUGGUGCAUAUCACCAAGGUGAAAAAAUCGCAAGAAGGUACAUACGAGGUAAUUGCUACAAAUCGCGAGGGUGAGGCACGCCUUCCGAUCACACUGAAGGUGCGAACCACCGACCAAGAGGCUCCGCAGAUCUUGGAACCCCUGCGCAACAUGGUCAUUCGCGAAGGUGAGAGUGUCGUGCUUUCCACCCAGAUUGUGGGUAAUCCACCACCAAAGGUAACGUGGUAUAAGGAUGGCAAGCCCGUUAAGAAUGCCAAGUCCGACAAGGAUUUGCACACCUUAACACUUAUAACGCCCAAGAAGUCCGAGAAGGGUGAAUACACCGUUAAGGCUGUAAAUCCUUUGGGCAGUGUGGAGACUACUGCUAAUCUCACAAUCGAAGAACCCACCAGCGGUAACGCAGAGCCACCACUCUUUGUGGAACGAUUCGAGGAGCAGAAUGUGCCGCAAAAGGGAGAGAUUCGUUUGCCAGCCAAGGUUUCAGGCAAUCCGGUUCCCGAGGUUCAAUGGCUAUUUAACAACAGUCCAUUGUUCCCCAGCGAGCGCAUCCAGCAGGUAUACGAUGGCGAGAACAUUGAGCUUAUCAUUAAGGAUGCCAAUCCCGAAACCGAUUCCGGUGAUUACAAGUGUAUUGCCAGCAAUCCAAUUGGCAAAACAUCUCACGGAGCUCGUGUGAUUGUCGAAGUCGAUGAGGUGACCUUCACUAAGAAGCUGAAGAAGACCAUUACCAUCGAAGAGGUUCAAUCUCUUACCCUGGAAUGCGAAACUUCCCACGUGGUGACCACCAAGUGGUUCUUUAAUGGCAAGGAGCUCAGCGGCAUGGAUCAUCGUGUUGUUGUUGAAGAUGGCAAGACCCACAAGUUGGUGAUCAGAAACACAAAUCUUCGUGACUCUGGUACCUAUGUGUGCAAGGUAAAGAAGCAAGAGACUCAAUCAACUGUGGAGGUGCUCCAACGCAAGCCUGACUUUAUCAAGAUCCUUGAGGACUACGAAGUAACCGAAAAGGAUACGGCAAUCUUGGAUGUAGAGCUUACUACAGAGGCAACUGAGGUUACCUGGUUUAAGGACGGCGAGAAAAUCACGCCUGAAAACAAGAAUGUCGAGUUCAUCAAGGACGGCAAGGCUCGUCGCCUGGUUAUCCGCGAUACCACCAUCCACGAUGAGGGUCAGUACACUUGCAAAAUUGAGGGACAGGAGUGCAGUUGUGAGCUGGUUGUCAUCGAGCUGCCGCCAGAGAUUGUUGAGCCGCUUAAGGACGUUUCGGUGACUAAGGGUGAAAACGCCACAUUUGAGGUUGAGCUUAGCAAGGGCGACGCCCUGGUCAAAUGGUAUAAGAACGGCAAGGAGAUUGUGUUUAAUGAACGCAUUCAGCUGGCCAUCGAUGGCAAGAAGCAAUCCCUGCGCAUUCUCAAGGCCAAGCCCGAGGAUGUUGGCGAGUAUUCCAUCAAGGUCGGCGAACAGACCUCCAAGGCUAAGCUGACUGUCGAGGAGCCACUGGUUAACUUUGUCGUCCGUCUGCCGGACGUCACACUGGCCACAAAGACCACAGAUGCCGAAUUUACGGUUGAACUGUCUCAACCCGACGUGGAAGUGACCUGGUACAAGAAGGGUAAGCCAAUCAAGCCCAACAAGAAGCAUGAGGUCUUCGUCGAGGGUACUGUCCGACGAUUGGUCAUCCACGAUGCCAGUGACGACGAUGCCGGCGAGAUCAGCUGCGUGGCAGAGAAUGUCACCAGCAGCACUAAACUGUGCGUGGAGGAGCUUAAACUGCCACCCGUUAUUACUUCUGACAAGGAUCAGACAAUCAAGGUAAAGGAGGAUGACGAUGCCACCUUCACUGUCAAGUACACAGGCGUCCCAACACCCGAGGCUAUUUGGACUACGCGCAAGGUUGUCAUACCCAAGUCAAAGCGCACAAUCCCGGCCAUUGACGAACAGUCUGCCACGCUAACCAUCAAAAAGGUUGUUGACGAUGACGAGGGCGAGUACACCGUUAAGCUUGUCAACCCUGUUGGCGAGGCGGAGGCUAGCCUGCAAUUGGUCAUUAUGCGCAAGCCGACAGCACCUGGCACUCCUCAACCCCUGGAGAUAAUGCACGACUCCAUUACGCUAUACUGGAAGGCGCCGGAGGACGAUGGCAAGUCCGAAAUUAUCGAAUACAUUCUGGAGUACCACGAUGUUAAGGAAGAAAAAUGGACUGAAAUUCGCAAGAUAAAGGACACUACGUACACCAUCAGCAAGCUGAAGAUCGACACCGAGUACGUGUUCCGUUCGAUUGCAGUGAAUGAGGUUGGACCCUCACCGCCCUCGCCGGCUUCGCCACCCAUCCGUUUGGUGCCCAAGGUCGAGACCGAGCCACCAAGCGUACGCGAACCCCUGCAAGAUGUGGUUAGCGAACUGGACAAGGAGGUCACCCUGUCCUGCGUGUUCGGCGGCAUUCCAGAGCCUAAGGUAACGUGGAAGAAGAACGGCAAGGUGUUCGAGUCGAGCAGCCAACGUUAUGAGAACCGUGUAGCCAAAUACACAAUUGAAAAGACAACCAUUGAGACUGAAGCCACCUACACAUGUGUGGCAACCAACGAGAAGGGCACCGUGGAGACUUCGUGCCGCCUGAGGCUUCAGGAGAAGCCCGUCCUCGAGGUAGAGGACAAGUAUCUGGCGCAAAAACUGCGCACGGGCAGCACUCUCACCAUUCCAGCAACGGUCCGCGGCUAUCCACAACCCACCGUGACCUGGCACAAGGAGUCGGUGGAGCAGAAGACCACCAAGACGGUAACUAUCGAGACAACCGAGACCACUUCCACUUAUACGGUGAAGAAGGUCACCCGUGAGUUCUCUGGCAAGUACAAGGUCACGGCCACCAACGAAUCCGGCUCUACGUAUGUGGAGUGCACGGUUCAGGUGAUUGACAAGCCCAGCAGACCACAGUCCCUGGAGAUCAAGGACAUUAAAAAGGACUCGAUCACCCUGGAAUGGACACCGCCCAUUGAUGACGGCGGUCUGGAUAUCAACAAAUAUACGCUGGAGAAGUGCGACGUUCAGAACAAUGUCUGGAUGAAGGUCUCCGACUUUGAUAAGGACAUCAAAUCCUAUGCGGUUCAGAAAUUAUCGAUGAACGCGCAGUACAUGUUCCGUGUGGUGGCCGCCAAUCCAAUUGGCGAAUCAGAGCCCACGGAAAGUGACCCUGUGACUAUAACUAGGAAGUUUGAAAAACCAUCGCCACCACGUGGCCCCACAACUGUAUCGGGAAUGAACGACACUUCCUUCAAUUUGGCCUGGGAACCAUCCGAGAACGAUGGUGGCUCUAAAAUCAUUGAGUACAUUGUGGAGAUACGGGAAGAGACUGAAACCACCUUUAGAUCGGUGGGCACUAGCCUGGGCACUGUCACCAACAUUCACGUUGAGAAGGUGGUCAGAAAUAAGGGCUAUCUGUUCCGCAUUUAUGCGAGAAACGAGGCUGGCACCAGUGAGGCGUACGAGACCACGGAGAAGAUUGUCGUGGGUCGCAAGAUAACGCCACCAUCGCCGCCUCAGAACCUGAGGGCGCCGGAUGUCACCAGUCGAAGUGUUACCUUGGACUGGGAGGUGCCAGCCCGCAAUGGUGGUUCCGAAAUCACGGGCUACUGCGUGGAAAAGCGUUCGUCAACAUCUACAACUUGGUCAAAGGUCAUUACACUGGACGCUCACCAGCUGCACUACACGAUCGAUAAUUUGAAGGAGAAGUGCGAGUACUGGUUCCGUGUGUCUGCGGAGAAUGAGGCUGGAUUAGGUGCACCAGCCGUCACCGAGAGCGUUUCGCUCAAGACACAUGCCAGUAAGUCAAAGACAUUGGAAAUACUUAAUAGAGACUCUCUAAAUAAUUCCAAUUUUUCUUUAGCCGUACCAUCACCUCCGACCGCUCCACUGGAGGCGCGCGUUCUUGCCGCCAAUGCCCAUAUCUUCGAAUGGGGUAUUCCCGAGUCAGAUGGAGGUGCGCCUCUGCUCGGUUACCACAUCGCUAUAAGGGACAUGAAGAAGACCAUGUGGAUUGAGGUUGGUCGUGUGCCAGCUGGCGUGCAGAAAUUCCAGAUCAGAGACCUGCAGGAGAACCACGAGUAUAUGAUACGCAUAUUUGCCAAGAAUGAGAUUGGUCUGAGUGAACCUCUGGAAUCAGAGGAGCCUUACAAGGUCAUGACUGCUGGUCAUGAAAGCCUGCCAGACGAGCCGCGCACCGAGAUGAGCACGUGCAACACCUCGUCGUGGCUGCGUGACCACAACAUGGAUGCAGAUAUCCAUUCGUAUGCGCGCGGCAGGCUGCUUCAACGCGACGAGUACUUCUUCCGGCUGUAUGCGGAGAUGCCCAAGAGCAAAAAGAAGAAGAGCUCCAAAUAGUCGGUAAAAUAUUAAAAAAAAAAAAAAAAAACGACAACGAAAUGAGAAACACUUUAGUCGUAGGUUAAGCAUAUUUCAAUUGUAUUUUAUAAAACACAAGAAACGGGUAUCAAAGCCCAUGAUUUUGUAGCUUUUUGUACUGUACUUGAGAUGACGAUAUGUAAGGAUGAUGUAAUGCUAAUUGCAUCCCAUUGACAGCGAUGUCAACGACUCCCGGCCAAAGAGUGCGAGCGAAGACAAACUUAAUGCCCGGGAGCGUGGACGUGGCGCAAUGAUAGGAUGGCCAUUACAUCAUCUAAUUAAUGGACAUAAUUUUAGAUUUUUCAUUUGCAUAGAGUUCUUUUUUUUAUAAUUUUUGUUCUCAUUGUUUUAUUUUCGACUUAUUUUAUGGUAAGCUGUGAUAAAUCUAUCAAAAUCGAAAGCGUCAAACGAAGCAACAAAAAAUGAAACACAAUAUAUAUUAAAUGCCACCAGAAGGCAAACCAUUGGCAUCGGGCAACGGAAGCCAACGAGCCGCAGCCCUCCUAAAAUACCCAAUACCAUCCCAAAUCCCCGCCAGAGUAACUCAAUAUCCUCUCCCUCUGGGGAGACAAAACAACAAAUGGUGCAAUUCGAUAUGAGUUAUUUCUGGGGAGUGUGUUGCGAGUCGCUGGCUUCAGUUGUCUUUGUCCCGGAUUCGCCCUGGUUGAAAUUUA